UUGGUCUGAUGACUUCGGUGACGAAAGAUCUCGGAGAGAGCUUUCUGCAAAGUGGAGAACUUCUGAGCGAGGACGAUGAUAGCGACAGUGUCCUAGCAGACGAGUUACGAGGGAUGUAUCGGAACAAGCUGAAGGACAUGGAUAAAGUGGACGAAAAAAGAGAUGAAGCACACCGGGUAAGGUGGAUCUAAUAAUUAUUAUCCGUGACUUUAUGCGCAAAAUCAUUCGAUCUUGUAAAUUUCACAUCUUUAUACAACGCCGACCCCUGACCAUAUUAUCCAGCUGAAAGAUCGAUCAAGCCGUGAAAUGAUCGAAGGAAAAUAAGAAAAGCAUGCCUCGAUUCUCUUAUAUACUGCUAUAUGUUGAGAUUUUUCGAUUGUCUCUGUUAUUUCUGCAAAGUUAUUUUCAAAUCCUUUUAAUUUCCGUUUGUGUCGAAGGCCGUUAGCCAUUUAGCGAAGCAGCGAAACAGGCCAGCGGUCCUCAUUGCGAGUGUGCAAACCGGCGAGCUGAAAAGCGCUUCUAAAAUGCGCGAAAGUUGAGAAAUUUCUCACAUCAAUACGCCUCUUCCAACAUCCUCAGAAUGCUACGGAUGUGGCAGAAACGAAAAUUCAUUUCGUUAGUAACCACGAGAAAAUGUAUGGUUGAGUAGCAGUUUGUUUACAUUGGCCCCGUUUUGGUCACCGAGGCAUGUAAUAUUGAAACAGGGCAGACACGCUGAAAUAUUACAAUGGCUAAUUCCGAUGUAAGUAAGCGUUUUACCUGGUGGUUUUCUUUCCGUUAUGAUGCAUUAUGUUACAUUUAAAUUUUGUACUUUCGUUUUUUGUUUAUUUCAUUUUCUAUCUAUUGCAAGCACUAGUUGUGCUUUUAAUCUUAUCAGCAAAUCUAAUCUGCAAUAAGUCAUUAAGCUUAAUUUGUCUGAACGCAAAGUUUUCAUUCUUUAAAACGAAAGUUUAUCUCGUUGUUGAAAUCAGAUGACACAUCAAAAUGAACUUAUGAAACAGUAAAAUAUUUUGUUCCUCAUUCCAAUUUCCAAAAAAUUAUCUUUUCAAAGUAAUAUAAAGAUGUGUUUUCUUCACUUAUCCGCUUUGGCAUAAUUAUGUUAGACUAAGACUGGCUUUUAUAAGAAUUUUUGACCAACGAGUUGAGCAUCAGUCAUCUUUGCAUACUCAGGCAGGGGUUUCGAUUGAAGUAACCAGCAGGCUUGAAUAGAGUAACCGACUGUACUAACCUGUGGGCCUUGACAUUUACAUUCAGAUUUUAUGAUAUAUUUGUCGUUUACGGCAUUGUAAACACUAGUUGUUUCUUCUUUCGGGGAUAACAGUAGCUGAAUUCUCUGAGCAAAGUAACUGAUGAGUUUCGUCAGUCGCCGGUGGUUAUUGAAACCCCUGCUUAGGGCUAGGAAAAAUUUGCCAUCCAGCAGUCCAUGACAAGCAGCUUUACUUGCUCGGCAAGUAACUUUUGAAGCUUACUUGCCUAGUUGGUAAGCCAGAGUCCAGGCAAUUCAUCCUCUAACAAAGUCAUUAACUAAGACAAGCGAAAAGUGGCCGUUGGCAAGUGAAAUGUGACGGCUGCAGCUAGCCCAAAGGACAAGCUGGAAUUCAAUUUUUUUUCGAGCCCUGAUUCUGUAAGGCAUUAGUUGGGUCAUCUCUAAAUAGCUAAGGGUAAUUGGGUACUCUGGAAAUGAAAGUGUUUGAUACUAUAGUUUUGCAAAAUUUGGGAAGGCAAAACUUUUCAAAAGAAAACAUUGAGUUACAUUGUAAUUCCCUGAAACGGAUGAGAAGUGUUUUAAAAAAUUAAAUAACUUUGUUAUUUUUUCUAGCACCAGCUUCAAUCACUACAGUCAUAUGUGAAUGAGUUAAGCGAUCAAAAUGAGAUUCUUGUACAGACGGUUGAAGAGCUUGAGCGGGAAGCAAAUGAUCGUGUGGCCCUGGUGGAGGGUAAACUUCAAAGAACUACUUAUUCUCUUAAGGUGCAGUGUAAAUUCAUUAUAGGAGCUGUUAAUGUGAGAGCCAUGAUUUUUGGAGCCAUAGUCCCAUAUCUGAUUCUCUCUUUUGGCUGAAUUGUAUUCUUUCUUUUACAUGGUAUGGUCAAUUCUCUCAUAGCAACUGGACCACUUGCCAUAAGCGACUCACCUCCCAUAAGCGACCACUUUGUAAAUAACCAUUUCGUUUCUCAGUCAAAUACUGUUUCAAAAACUGUCAUAAGCAACCACUUCUCAGAUAAUUAUUUAAAGUGACCAGGGUGCGACCACUUUUAAGGCCAGAAAUUUGACAUGAUUCUUUUGACAUGUUUUCUGUUGUCAGUAAGUGACCACCGUGCAUGAUCACGUUUGAUUGUAAAAAAACCAUUACUCGAAUGUCAAAAAGGUUCAGUUUUUAAUAGCGCUGACCAAGCUUGCUGACAGAUUAUAGCAGUUGCUUUGCAAAAUAGAUGGCUAUGAUAUGAUCUGUGGGUAAAAAGAGUAGACUGUUAAAUUGUUGCAAAAUGUUAUGUACAAAGUUGCAACAGUAAGUUUCAACAGUUCCAAGCGCUGUUUGACUUGAAACAUUAUUGCUGGUUGUCUAUUAAUUUUAGGUUGUAAGGUGAUAACUUUAUGCAAUUAUGAUAAUCAGUUCAGUUUAAACUUAUUUUCCCCCAUAAGCAACAACUUUUUCGUGCACCAAGGGUGGUCGCUUACAAAAGAGUUGACUGUAUCUGAAUUAUAUGAUGGCGGAGAGAUGCAGAGUCACAACACAAUCAAAUUCUGUGGCAACUCAAUAAACAUUACCACAGAGCAAAAAGUGCUCUUAAGGAAAAACGCAAGGCCACAACACAAAAUAGUGCACCGAGGACCCACAGCUGAAGUCAACAGACUCAGGGUAAAGCAAGAAACGUUUCACCCUGGCAAUGUAGCAUGAUUACAAUUGCAGUCUUAUUGCCCAGCAUUUCCUGUGAAAGAGGCCAGGGUUCAUGCAUGUAGUAUGUAGCUGGCUGGGUCAAAAUCCCCAGUCCCUGGCUUAGCUUUUAGCGACAGCCCUGGUUUGUAGUAUGGCAUUUAACUCAUUUAAUCAAUGAUGAUUGUUUAAACAAGUGAACAUUUUUAUGAAUGUAGGAACACAUGGGAAGAUCAUCUGAACUAGAGCACCAAGUUGACAAGCUGAAUAAAGAGAAGAGAGAUUAUGUGGAAGAGAUAAAGGUCAGUUUUAUAAAAUCUGUUAAUAUGACUAUCACUCAAGAAAUUUUUUUUUAUAUAAAGCAUUAGUUACUCAACGUCUACUAGACAGUAUCAAAAUUAUUACUAUGGUAAGUUAUUGAUGAUUACUACAAUAGCAUUCAGGAAUUGAAAUGUUUUAUGAAACCCAUCAACUAAGACAUCUUGCAUACACUACUCACUUAAAUAUGAUAUGUGUGAUCUUACCUGUAGCUUAUCAGAAUGACUGAAUGGGGCAAGAAAUUGCUGUGUUAUGAUCAUGAGCUGACUACUGCACCACGAUUGUGAAUAUCGUUUUGGCAGGCUAUCACCCUUUGAUCAAUGUAAAAUUUUUACAGGGGUACUCACGGUAUUUUUUGAAGUAACAUCCAUAUAAACUAGUUAUUCUUUCUUUUCCUGUGUCCUUCCCUAUCAGGUGUAAUAUUUUUAUCAUCAACCUUUCUAUUCACAGCACCUCAUAUGCUGCCAAGAAACAUUAGAUGUACAUGUAACCUUAUAAAUAAUUGUUCUGUACCUGUAAUUGUUUUGUUGCCAUUGAUAGUCUUUGAAGGAAGAGCUAAAUGUAACAGCCCAACAGCUUGCACAUCUGGAAACUCGCCAAGAAGACUUAGACUAUGACAUUGAUAACCUGGUGAAUCUGAUUGGUACCGCGAGAGCCACAGGAAAAUGGGAAGUAUGUUUGACAGAAUAUUAAAGUAUUGUACACUCACAUUACAGUAUAAAAAUGCUGCCCUCAAACCUUUAUGAAGUGAUCACUGACUCUUAAGCACAGGGUUGCCCUUUUCGAAUUAAGCAGCAGAUGAAUUUCCUUUUGUAGGCAGAAAAAUCUUUAUGCAUAAGGCCCCNAGCCACAGGAAAAUGGGAAGUAUGUUUGACAGAAUAUUAAAGUAUUGUACACUCACAUUACAGUAUAAAAAUGCUGCCCUCAAACCUUUAUGAAGUGAUCACUGACUCUUAAGCACAGGGUUGCCCUUUUCAAAUUAAGCAGCAGAUGAAUUUCCUUUUGUAGGCAGAAAAAUCUUUAUGCAUAAGGCCCCCUUUCAGUGCAAAAGACUGCAACGUUGUCCGCCGCCGGCCAUCACUGUAAAGCUGACAUCCGUUUACAAUAAGGUUAAGUCAUGUUAUACACUAAAUACAGUGAAACCCUCAAAAAACAAAUCCCUAUUAUGAAACCCACUGCUGGAUCUUGGGAUUGUUUUUAGAGGGGUCUAAACUGUAGUGCUCACUGUUGGAACUAUUUGCCCUUAAAGCAUUUUCCGCCAUCAUCAGUGUUAGUACUGUACACAUAUAAUAGAUCUUCUAUGUGUUCCUUAAGUGGUAACAAUUUCAACUUCAAAGCAAAUAGUCAGUACUUAGAUUACUAAAACAUUUCUGGUCAUAUAGGUUCAUUUCAACAGGGGGGCGAACCCCCUGGAACCCCCUGUCCCUCUUUCCUGGACCUGCCACUGAAACUCUUGGCAUAGCCAAGGCAAUAGACCUUUUUAGCUUGUAAUUUUUGUUUUCCCAUUUCAGUCCAUAUUUGGAUGUUACCCCAAAAAACUGUUUCUUUGAAAUGUUGUGCUAUCCACAAUCAUGCGUACUGCUUGCAUAACUAAUGAAAAGUCACAAGGGAGAGCAUCACAAAGAUAUGAAUCGGGAAAAUAAAAUCUACCAGCUAAAAAGUUUUUCUUUCCAGUCAAAUGUUUAAAAAUGCACCAAUCAGGAUUUCUUCCAGUACCCCAAUGUUAAAACAAUUUACCCCUGGUGUUACAUGUACCAAUGGUUUUUGCAGCCCUUGGCCCUUUGUUAUACCAUGCGUCUACUGUAAAUAAGUGGUUAUUCUUCCACAAGUGCUUGUACCCUGAAUGCAGUGUCUUUUGUGUGGAUGCACUGCUGUCAUAAAGGGCGAAGGGCAAGAAAUUGCCUCUGUUGACCCCCGCUAUUUUCAUAAUUCGCUGACCCUAUAAUGGAGGUCAAAGGGAUAUUACUAAAACUAGCGACUCCUCCCCUCCCACCCCAAACAAAGUUGAAUUGUGAGCAAAAUGGGUGGAAAUGAGUGCUUUUUUUGGCCACAACAUUACUGGGGGGAGUGGGGGAGCGGGAUGACAGGAUGACCCCAAAGGCAAUCUAAAAUAAUGACGUAAGGAGCAGGGUCCUACAUGUACAUAACAAUUAAGUUGAAGGGCGUUUUCACACAGCCCCAAGUUCGUUUGUACUUCAUUGUAGUUAUUUGAUUUCCCACCUACUAACUGUAUUUAACCAACAACUUAAAAUCUGUUUGACAGCCCUAAUUCCCUGUGCACAUCCAAUUCUACUUUUUGGGACACCAGACUGAAGGUACAUGUAUUUCAGUGCUGAUGUAACAUUUGGUUCUUUCUGGUUUGCUUUCAGUUGGCUGGCUUAGACCUGAGAACUGUGUCGCUUGAUGCCAUCUUAGGAGCACAUGCUGCAGCUUCUAAGGAAUUGUGAGUAUUUGUCCACCCUACUUAGCACUGCAGUGUACAUGUACAUCUGACAAACCCUAUUAAGAUGUCUUUUACUAUUCAUGGGACACGGAUACAGUUAGGUUACUUUUAACUAAUCAUUUAUUUCUCAUACAGGAGGGAGGGAGAAAAAAGACUCAAUGAUCACAUUACGGAGCUCAAGAAGCAACUGGCUGCCAGGGAUCAAAUAAUUCAACGAUUACAAAAAGAUCUGAAAGGAAAGGAACAGGUAUACCAAAGUAUCUUUGGCUUCAGGGUCAGCGUUAAUGCCCUUAUUAGCACCCGUUGUACUUCAUUAACUUUGUGUCAAGUGGAGGGAAAAAAAAUUGGGAGAAAAGGGGAGGGGGGCUUGUUUUGUUUUUCAAAUUUCUGCCGCAAAAUAAUAUUAUCUCUUUUAUCUCCAAUAAAUGCAAACGGUAAACUGCGGUAGGAGCUCUCUGUAUCUGCAAGAAGAAACAAAUCUCUCUCUGGUUACUUGUAAGCCCUUUUUCCUCAAAGGUCUGUUGGAACUGUUUCUCCAGACAAACUCGCGCUCACUACAAUCAAGAACAGAACGAUUUUAAUACUUCUAACCCUCUCUCAGUAAAGAUUACAAACUCUAGCCAUGUGCUAUUUGUGCUGAUCAAUAACUUCUGAAAACAACAUCCUAUAAUAUCCAUAAAUCUGGCUCCCAAGCCCAGAUGACCUUAGAGAGUGCCUGACAAGUUCAGAAAGUAAAAAACAGGAACAAACAUUCUUUACAUGCUUAUAUCAGCCUACAAAUUCUCGCACUCUCUAAUUGGGAUCAAAUAAGAUGUAUGUUCAGUGUUUGACUGCUUCUUCUGCAAUGCAGCAAAGGUUCUCCGCUGCUACAGCUGCAGCCCUCCUAAAGAGGCGAAACUCCAUUGCUCUGGGAUCUAAGGAUGGGUCUUCUCUCAUUCCCUACUCUUGAUCACAGGAAGGCUCUAAAGGAAACAAAUGCUGGACUGCCCGGUUACGCUCAGCAUCCUGGAUAAGGAUCACAUCUCCUAGCUUGACAUUCAUCUCUUUGGAUUUGUGCUUCAUGUUUUCUCUUUCCCUUAGAGACUUCAGAUAUUGUACUCCCCACUCCACCGAUUCCAUAAAACCUCUUUACACCAGCGUAGAUACUUCACUCUCUUCCUCAAGUCAGCAUCCCCUCAUUCUGUGCUUUCUUCUGGGAUGAGUCUUGGUUACUGAACAUUGUGGCACGUGGAGUCAAAACUGGUAGCUGAGCAUUGCCUUCCACAUAUGACAGAGGGCGAUUAUUAUUUUGGUGCCACUUCUACAUCCAGCAAGACUUCCUCAAGCUUAUUCAAUGUAAGACUAGCUUGACAAAUACUAUGUACUAUGGCUGUUUUAAGAUACCCAUAAGCCUCUCAAAUUGUCCACCCCCACCAGGGGGCUCUGCUUAGAUAAAAUUGCAACCUUAUUUCCUGAUGAGCGAGGUAGUUUUGAAGCUUUUCAUGUUUUACCACCCGAUUCAAUCACUUCACUGAAGCAACAAAAUUUUGCCCGUUAUUCAAAUAAAUCUUUCUGGGGUAGCCUUUUCUCAUGAUAAACCAUCUGAGAUGCUUGAUGAACUUCUCAGCUGUUUGGUUUGGCAGCAACUCCAGGUGGACUGCUCUGGUUAAGCUGCAAGCAAGUAACAAGCUAUAAUUAUGCUUUUCCUGUUUUUUUGUCUUGAGUUUGUACCCUAUAGGUCCUGCAAAGUCCAGGCCAACUACUUGGAAAGGGGCUGAUUCAUCUGUCCUGUCUGUUGGCAAUUUUCCAGCUUUUGGGUUUGAGAAAGCGGUUAUGUGGAAUUUCUUACACCCAUAGCAUCCUCUGAUAACUGUCUUUGUGAGCUGUCUAAGCUGAGGCACCCAAUAUUGUUGACUAACAAAACUCAUGGUAUGUUUAUCAUGGACAAUUUCUCUCUGUUAACGAGCAUCUGGUGGUAAGUAGAUAGGGUACCUUCCCUGGAUUCUUCCUCUAUACUCGUACAGACCCUCUUCAUUCUUCUGCAAAUUACGUUUGAACUGAUCUUCAUAGAAUGUGUCUUUGUUUAACCUGCGCUACCCAGAAUUUCAUUUGCUUGUCAGUCUGACAUGUGGUUAAUGAACCAGACAACUGGUACUUCUUGCCUUUCUUAUCUAGGUUUUGAUAAAUCUUGCUACCCAUGACAUGAUACAUAAUUAUUGCCUGCCAGAAUCCAUGUUUCUCUAAAACCUGGUGUAGGGUGUCCUCCAUCUCUGUGGCACCAGCAAACACUUCCUUUUGUAGCAUGGCCUCUGCUUCUCUCUCUUUACUUGGCUUAGUUUGUACUACCUGGCCACAUUUCUGGUUUAGACUGCCAGUUUGGUCCCCUCAGCCAGGUUUCAAGAUGCCCUUUAGACAGGGUGCCUGUGCUCUGUUCCCGAAUACCUCCACUUCACAUAGGCCGUGGCAUUAAUAUGAGCAACUCUAUUGGACACAAAUUGUUUAUUCCUCCCUUUCUCAGCGAUCCAAUACAAGACUACUGUACUGUCUGUCCAUUCAUAAACAGAACACAGACCUCACGACAUAUCCUUCCAAAGCGCCUCUUACAUUGUCUACAAGGUUGGCUGCCAUGUGAGCUCCAACCUUGGCAUGGUAAGUUCUUUCUUUGCUAAGCGUGCCUUUGCUGCUACUAGACUCUGGUGUUUACCAGAUUCCUGGUACACGACUGCAUACACUGCUGCUGCUGUCCCUUUCACAGAAUGCAUGCAGGUCUAAAGCUUGGACCAGGUCUUGAGCUAUAGUUAGACUGCGUGGGAAUUUAAACUCACCAGGCCACUUUCCCUUAAAUUCCUCCUAUUGUGCUUUCAGUCCCUUGGGUAAAACAGCAUCCUAAGGAAGGUGUCAGUCACAUGCUUCUCAAAAAAACAUUUUCCCUACCAGGGUUACAGGACUUGCUACCCCAAAAGGGUCAUAUAUUGAAGCUAAAGUUCUUAGCACUUCCCUCUGUGUGGCUUUGGUUGAAUCACCACAAAAGGUCACAGCCAGAGUGUCCUCUGCCGAAUCCCAAGGGAGCCCAAGUAGUUUGGCUUUAUUAGUUUUCACCCCCAACUGUUCCUAAGCAUAUGUCUGGCUAUCUUCUGUCAACUGAUUAUCUGCUUCCGGAUCAGGUACAUUAGAGUUCCACUUAUGCAACUCAAAAGCUGCUCCCUUUUAAAGCCUGUAUUGCAGUUCCUUUCAACACAUGUACUUCAUCAACCAUAUCUUCUCUAGUGAUGAUGCUAUCAACAUAAACACUUCUCAUGAUUUCCUCCACAUGCUUUGGGUAUUCAGUUCUUGAAGUUUCUAAAUGUUGUUUCAAGGUCCUUGCGAGAAAAAAAGGUGACUUCACAAGUCCAAAUAAAGCCCGCUUGAACCUCUUACACCUCAUAGUCUCAACUUUUGAAGAGUCUUUAGCCCUUAUCUAAUGAAAUCAAAAUGUGUAACGAUCUGCUUCGCUAAUCCGUACCUGCAUAAAGGCCAGCUUAAUAAGGUCUCCACACAAGGGAACUGGAUUGAGACGGUUCCGAACGAUCACACUCCCAUGUAAAUGUUGUAGACGUGGACCAGUCUCUAAGAAAUUGUUGAAUGAAGGGCCACCUUGGUUUGCCUUAUCUAAUGCAUCAAAGACAAUACACAUUAAUUUUGUUACUCUGUGCUGCUUCUCUUAAGUCUCCUUUGUGCGGCAGAGAAUAUUGUCUUUCCUCUCGAGUCUCAUUGCUUACUUUCUCCACAAUAGCUCCUUUCAGUCUGUUUUGGAUACUCAUCUAGGUGACUGGGUACCUUCUGGAAUUUUUUCACUACAUAAGAUAGUCGUGAAAUACUGCCUUUGUGAUUGUUAGGGAGGGGUGGAUGUCCAGCUUUCCACAGUUGACCAGUCUUGUACCUCCCCUCAGGGUGGCACACCAGUUGUUCUAGGAGUUCAAUCUACACCACUUGUUGGUCUGUCCUCUAGUCCCAGAACUUCAAGGCUGCACAAUUACUCGUAGUUUGAUAAAGAACUGCAAAUUUGGUGGACACUGCUCAAGUUUGUCUCAGCGCCUGUGGACAUUGUGGUCUAGCCAAUUGAUGUGAAUUCUUCUAUUGGUUCCCUUGGCUCCCCACUCUUGGUGCUAAAUUUGUCUUAAUCUUGGCAUACUCACUAGCCCCGAGGUUCACGUGUAUCGGCAGCUCAGGCUUGACAUCGGUGUCAUCAAUCUCCAUGACCUUGAGGUGUUGGUACUUGGUGAUUAUAUCCAAACCUGGUUUGGGAUAGUUGGCAAAGUCUCCUUUUCCACUUGCUCAAGUCAGUGGGCAAGCUAAAAACUCAUUUAAUGUUAGAGACUUGGACCUUGUACAUUUCUAUUUUCUGACUUGUCCACGUCAUCAUCAUUUCAAUUCUCUUAUACUCUCUUCGAUCUGGGUUUCUGUCCAGUUUGCUAACGAGUGCCGCUGAUGUAUAGGAGCUUCCAGCUCUCAUGUCCAAUAAAGCUCUACACCUAAUUUCAAACACCUCUACCUCAACUACUGGGUACACCAUUUGAACUCCACCAGUUGCUAGCAUCAGCUGGUUUGAAAGCUUAUAACAAAUCAAAUUAUGGUGCUUCCCAUUACACCUCUGGCAAGUAGUAGUGCAUCUGCAUUCCACUGCUCUAUGCCAGGUGCCAGUACAGUUAAACACAACUUAUUGUCUGACAAGUACCUCCUCUUGUCACCCACCCCUAAUAAUCUUGUCAGUCAACUGAUUAUGUUCCUCAGACUUACAGUAAACACAACCCCUAUGCUUUUCACCCUCUUGUUUAGCUUAAAGCAAUAGUCUUUUCCCUUGUCACGUCUCCCAGGGUUGCCAUCCAGGGGGACUGAGUUCCUCUCACAGUCACACCCUAUUUUCUUAAGGCUUCUACUAAUUGUGGGAACCUCCACUCCUGUCAGUUAUCAUCCAGCUUUACUAGAUCAGCUCUUAUGCCUAGUAGUUUAUCUUGGGUAAGUGUAACAUACCCUCUAAUAUCUUUCUUCUUACCCAAUCCAUGGACUUUAAGGUUUGGAUAUUGGUAAUUAGUUUCUCAUAGAACUCAUUAAUUCUUGUUGGGUUAGUCUCUGUGACACUGAUAAUCCCAUUAUGUACUGGACGUGAGCAUUAGGUACUUCCCUUGGCUUUGAUUUUCACCCUCUUGUUUAGCUUAAAGCAAUAGUCUUUUCCCUUGUCACGUCUCCCAGGGUUGCCAUCCAGGGGGACUGAGUUCCUCUCACAGUCACACCCUAUUUUCUUAAGGCUUCUACUAAUAUUUAUUAUUGUGGGAACCUCCACUCCUGUCAGUUAUCAUCCAGCUUUAUUAGAUCAGCUCUUAUGCCUAGUAGUUUAUCUUGGGUAAGUGUAACAUACCCUCUAAUAUCUUUCUUCUUACCCGUGGACUCCAAGCUUUGGAUAAUUAUUGGUAACCAGUUUCUCAUGGAGCUCAUUAAUUCUUGUUGGGUUAGUCUCUGUGAUAACUGAUAAUCCCAUUAUGCACUGGAUGUGAGCAUUAGGUACUUCCCUUGGCUUUGCGUACUUGGUCAUGAGAAUGUUCUUAGCUCGUAUGUAUCCCACAUUGACAAAGGGCAACCUGUCGGUGAUAGCUCUUUUUCUUGGUACAAGUAGUUCUUUUAAGUAUAAGACUUUUGCAACUUGACCAAUGUCUGAUUCGUCUAUUGUCGAGUUUGAACUGCUCUUAAAGCGUUUGCCAAUCUAGAUCGUCCCCUGGAAUUGCAUUAUCACAAGUUUUGGUAGUUUGAAUUUAGUUUAGCUGUAACACUCUUCUCGAUUGUUUCCUUUUAGGAUUUAUUCUUGCUGUCAAGUCUCGCUUUCUCCUCUUUUUCUUGAGUUUCUCUUGCUUCGUGUUUCCUUAACUUUUGUGCAAGCUCUUCUAAUUCUUUGACCACUCUUUUGUACUUGCCUAACUCUGUUUGAAUACCCCACCUGUUGAUCACCAGCCGGUGUGUCUUCUAGUCCCAGUACAUAAAGGCUGCACAACUACUCGUAGUCUGAUGAAGAACUCCUAGUUAGGUACACACUGGUCAGGUUUGUAUCAGCUCCAGGGCACAUUAUGGUCGAGCCAAUUGAUGUGAAUUCUUCUAUUGGUUCUUCUGGCUCCCCACCCUUGGUGCUAAAUUUGUCUUAAUCUUGGCAUGAUCGCUAGCCUCAAGGAUCACGUGUAUAGGCAGCUCGGGCUUGAUGUUGGUGUCAUGAAUUUGCACACCCUUGCAGUGUAGGUACUUGGUGGUUAUAUCCACACCUGGUUUGGGAUAGUUAGCAACGCUUUCUUUUCCACUUUCCUCGGGAUAGUGGGCAAGCUUAAAACCCCUUUAAUGUUAGAGACUUGGACCUUGUACAUUUCUAUCUUCUGACCCUUCCACGUCAUGAUCAUUUCGAUUCUCUCACACUCUCUUCGAUCUGGGUUUCUGUUCAGUUUGCUAAUGAGUGCUACAUUUGCAUAGUAGCUUCCAGCUUUCGUGUCCAUUUAAGCGCUACACCUAAUUCCAUGCACUUCUACCACUACUACUGGGUCCACGACUUGACUUGUUGGUUUCAAAACAUAUCACAAAUCGAACUAUUACACCUCUGGCAAGUAGUACAGUGGAACCGCGCUCUACGGACACCUGCUUAAUACAGGCACCGGCUUUAUACGGACAGUUUCGUUUGUCCCGACAAAAAGCUCAUAUAUUUUCUCUAAAAUUAACCCGCUUUAUACGAACACCGGUUAAUACUGACAACGGACACUUUUCUGUCUCGAGUCACAAACUCUCAUAUAUUGUCAACCCCGCUUUACGGACACUGGUUAUCUGCACACUGUCUAUUUUCAUUGUCACAAUUAUGUGAAAAUUGUAGACAUUGUACCCUGUUCAAAUAAUGACAGAUUUUUAUGGGUGAAUAAAAUUUUAUUACAGUAUUUAAAAAAAAACAGUAACACAGUAGCGUGAUAUAUUUGGUUUUAAACAGUCUGUCUUUCGUCCGAUGUUGGACUCUUGUACUAUGUAUAGUCCUUUAAUAAAGUUUUCUGCCUCCUGGUUCACACGUUUCACUUCCUUGGCUUUUUGUUGCAGUCAUUGCUCUUAACCUUCUUCUCUGAGAGCCCGCUUAAUACGGACACUAUGGCAUGUCCCCUUGGUGUCUGUAUUAACUGGGUUCCACUGUAGUGCAUCUGUAUUCUUCCGCUCUAUGCCUAGUGCCAGUGCAGUUAAACACAACAUAUUGUCUGAUAUCUCCGCCUGUAGGCUGCCCCUUUAAUCUUGUCACUGUCAACUGAUUUAUGUUCCUUAGACUUACAGUUAACACAACCUCUUGGUCUCUUUCCUUGUCACGUGUCCCAGGGUUGCUAUCCAGGGGGGACUGAGUUCCUCUUGCUCCCAUUUCUUAAGGGUUCUACUAAUUAGGGGAACCUCUACUCCUUCCAGUUGUCAUCCAGCCUCACUAGAUCAGGUGCAUCAGCUGGUUUAAAAACUUAUCACAAAUCAAACUAUGGUGCUUCCCAUUACACCUCUGGCAAGUAGUAGUGCAUCUGCAUUCCACUGCUCUAGGCCAGGUGCCAGUACAGUUAAACACAACUUAUUGUCUGACAAGUACCUCCUCCUGUGGCCUACCCCUUUAAUAUUGUCACACUGAACAGAUUAUGUUCCUAAGACUUACAGUAAACACAACCCCUAUGCUUUCCACUCUCUUGUUUAGCGUGAAGCAAUGGGUCUUUUCCAUUGUCACGUUUCCCAGGGUUGCUAUUCAAGGGGACUGAGUUCCUCUCACAGUCACACCCAUUUUCUUAAGGCUUCUACUAAUUGUGGGAACCUCCACUCCUGCCAGUUAUCAUCCAGCCUAACUAGAUGAGAUCUUAUGCCUGGUAGUUAAUUUAGGGUAAGUCAAACGUACCCUCUAAUAUCUUUCUUCUUACCCAAUCCGUGGACUUUAAGGUUUGGAUAUUGGUAAUUAGUUUCUCAUAGAACUCAUUAAUUCUUGUUGGGUUAGUCUCUGUGACACUGAUAAUCCCAUUAUGUACUGGACGUGAGCAUUAGGUACUUCCCUUGGCUUUGCAUAUUUGGUCAUGAGAAUGUUCUUAGCUCGUGUGUAUCCCUCAGUGUUAAAGGGCAACCCAUCGAUGACAGCUCUAUUUCUUGGUGCAAGUAGUUCUUUUAAGUAUAAGACUUUGGCAACUUGACCAAUGGUUGAUUUGUAUAAAUUAUUGUCACCUCAAAGUGCUUUCAAAACCUUUGCCANUGGACUUUAAGGUUUGGAUAUUGGUAAUUAGUUUCUCAUAGAACUCAUUAAUUCUUGUUGGGUUAGUCUCUGUGACACUGAUAAUCCCAUUAUGUACUGGACGUGAGCAUUAGGUACUUCCCUUGGCUUUGCAUAUUUGGUCAUGAGAAUGUUCUUAGCUCGUGUGUAUCCCUCAGUGUUAAAGGGCAACCCAUCGAUGACAGCUCUAUUUCUUGGUGCAAGUAGUUCUUUUAAGUAUAAGACUUUGGCAACUUGACCAAUGGUUGAUUUGUAUAAAUUAUUGUCACCUCAAAGUGCUUUCAAAACCUUUGCCAAUCUGGAUGUGUCUCCUGGAAUUGCGUUAUCACAACUUUGGGUAGUGUAACGUUUAGUUUAGCUGCAACACUCCCGUUCUCGAUUGUUUCCGCUUAGAAUUUAUUCUUGCUCUCAAGUCUCGCUCAUUCCUCUUUUUCUUGUGUUUGUCGUGCUUCUUGUUCCCUUAACUUUGCUCCAGCUUUUCUAAUUUUUCGACCAUUUUCUCUUACUAGCCCAACUCUGCUUGAAUACCCGAACUCCAAUCUGUUAUGACAUCUUCUUCGUCACCUUGUCCAAUUUGAAGUACUUGUUCAAUUGCUUUUAUUUCAUGGCAUUCUUCAACUUUGUCUCUCCAUACACUUGCGAUGUCUUUGAAUUGGGUUUAAGAAAUUGCUUCCAGCAAUAUUGUUUGUGUUUUCGUUCGUCAGCUGCGGUACUUUCGAUCUGUCUUGGAUUGUUUUCGCCUGUUUUUUGACUAUUGCCGCUGUUGUUGUCAUGAUUUUGUCCUGGCAGGGUCGCCACUUUGUCAGAACUGUUUUCAAUAAGGAUAAACUCACUCUUACUUCGAUGAAGAAUAGACCUGUUUUAAUGCUUUUAACCAUCUCUCGGUAAAGAUUACAAACUCCUAUGCGCUUUUUGUGCUGAUAGAUCACUUCCUGAAACAACAUCCUAAAACAUUUAUAAACCUGGUUCCCAGUCCAUGAUAACCUUAGAGAGCGCCAGACUAGUUCACAAAGUGAAAAAACGUGAACAAAUAUUCUUUUUCCUAUUAUCAGUCUAUGAAUUCUUACAGGUCAAAGGUCCUAUUAUAAGUUCUGGUAUUGAAAUCCUUCUACCCUGUCUUGAGUACGUACCUCUGUAUGCAGAAAACAAUUUUUUUUUACCCCAAUAAAACUUUUUGAACCCAGAGUAGGAGCUUUUAGACUCAGGUGAAAGCAUGAAUUUUUUGGUGCGACAAACUAAAUUGCGGUUGGGAUUGACCUUAACUAAGUUUGUUUGACUUGUUGGAACCUUGAAACUUCACAUAACCUUGGAUCCACAGGGAUAUUUUUCUCCUCCUAAAGAGGACUAAGCUACGCCAACAAAAGUUCUCUUGUUAUACUCAUAAAUCUUCCUGGGGUAGCCUUUUCUCUUGAUGAACCGUUUGAGACGCUUGAUGAACGCCUCAGCUUUUUGGUGUGGCUGCAACUCAAAAUCGACAGCUCUGGUUAAGCUGCGAGCAAAUAACAAAAUAGAAGCUUUUCCUUGUUUCUUUUUGUCUUGAGUUUGUACCCUAUAGGUCCUGCAAAGUCCAGGGCAACUACUUGGAAAGAGGCUGAUCCUUCUGUCCUGUCUGGUGGCAAUUUUCCAGCUGGUGGGUUUGAGAAAGCAGUAACUUGGAAUUUCCUCCACCUAUAGCAUCCUUUGAUAACUGUCUUUGUGAGCUGUCUACUGCUUUGAACUCUUCGUACACAGAAUUUCACUUGCUUGUCAGUCUAACUUGUGCUCAGUGGACAGACAACCUGUACUUCAUGCCUUUUUUUACAGGUUUGGAUAAAUCUUGCCACCCAUGACGUGGUACGUAUUGUCUGCCAGAAUCCAUGUUUCUCUAAAAUCUGGUGCAGGGUAUCCUCCAUCUCUGUGGCCCUGGCAAACACUUUCUUUACUAUUUUUGCCUCUGCGUCUGUCUCUGCUUGGCGUAGUUUGCAUUACUCCUGGCGACAUUUCUGGUUUACACAGCUAGUUUGGUCCCUAUGACCAAACUGGCUCUUAAGACGUUCUCUAGACAGGCUGCCUCUGCUCUGUUCCUGAAUACCUCCACUUCACAUAGGCUCUGGCAUUAAUGAGUAACCUCUAUUGGACAGAAAUUUUUUAAAGCUCCCUGACCAGCGAUCCAAUGCAAAACUACUGUACUGUCUUUCUAUCCAUACACAAACCACACAACAUAUUCCUCCAAAGCCCUUCUUCAUUGUCUACAAUGUUGGCUGCCAUGUGAGCUGAAAUGAGCUCCAACCUUGGCACGGUAAGUCCUUUCUUUGCUAACCAUGCCUUUGCUGCUAACAGACUAUGGUGCAUACCAGAUUCUUGAUAUAUGAGUGUGUGUGCUAAUUUCAGCUCACCUGGCCACUUUCCUUUGAAUUUGUCUUAAUUGUGGUUUUAGUUCCUUGUGUAAAACAGUACAGUGUAUUCCAAGAAGGCUUCGCUCACAUGCUUCUCUGAAAACCAGUUUCCCUAUCAAGGUUAAAGUACUUGCUACUGCAAGAGGUUCAUAUGUUGCAGUUAAACUCCUUAACACGUUUCUCUGUGUGGCUUUUUGUGAAUCACCGGAAAAGGUCACAGGCAGAGUGUCCUUCUCCUUAGCCUAAGGGAGCUGAAGUAGUUUUGCUUCAGUGGUUUUAACCCUCCAACUGUUCUUUGGCGCAUGUCUGGCUAUCGUCUGUCAAUUGUUUAUCUGCUUCCAGUUCUGGUACAUUAGAGUUCCACCUAUGCAACUCGAAAGCUGCCCUUUUAAAAACCACUAUUGCAGUUCCUUUCAACCCAUGCACUUGUUUGACCAUAUCUUCCCCAGUGAUUUUCUCCACAUGCUUUAGCUAUUCAGUUCUUAAAGUUUCUAAAUGUUGUUUUAAGGUCCGUGCGAGAAGAAACAGUGACUGCACAAGUCCAAAUAAAGCCUGCUGAACCUUAAAGUCUCAACUCGUGAUGAGUCUUUAUCUUACAUCUAGUGAAAUCAAAUUGUGUCACAAUCUGCUUGUCUAAUCCGCUUCUGCAAGAAUUCCUGAGUAAUAAUGUCUUCACUCAAGGUAACUGGUUUGAGACGGUUUCAAACUAGCGCACUUCAGAGCAAAUUUUGUAGAGAUGGCCCAGUCUCUAAGCAAUUGUUCAAUGAAGGGCUAUCUUAGUUUGCCUUACCUAAUGCAUCAAAGACAAGACGCAUUUUGGUACUCUGUGCUGCUUCUCUUAUGACUGCUUUUUGCAGCUGAUAGCUUUCAUUUCCCCUUUAGUCUCAUCGCUCACUCUCUCCACAAUACCUUCUUUAAGUUCGUUGGUUAUUUGUCUUACUCAUCUAGUUGACUGGGUACUUUCUGCAAUUUCUUCGUGAGGUUAGUUAGUGGUGCGAUUGUUAGGGAGUGUUGAAUGUCCAGCUUUCCACAGUAGACCAGUCUCGUACCACCCCUUAGGGUCACGUACCAGUUACUCUUGGAAUUUGCUAUACACCAUCUGUUGAUGUCCUCUAGUCCCAGUACAUCAAUUUUGCAAAAUUAAACGUAGUCUGAUGAUAUUGUCCUAGUUAGGUACACACGGCUCAGGUUUGUCUCAGCUGCAGGGGACAUUAUGGUCUAGGCAAUUAAUGUGAAUUCUGCUAUUGGUUCUCCUGGCUCCCCACUCGUGGUGUUAAAUUUGUCUUAAUCUUGGCAUACUCGCUAGCCCAAAGGAUCAAGUGUAUAGGCAGCUCAGGCUUGAUGUUGGUGUCAUGAAUUUCCACGCUCUUGAGGUGUUGGUACUUAGUGAUUAUAUCCACACCGGGUUUGGGAUAGUUGGCAAAGUUUCCUUUUCCACUUUGCUCAGGAUAGUGGGCAAGCCUAAAACCCCUCUGAUGUUAAAGACUUGGACCUUGUACAUUUCUAUCUUCUGACUUGUCCACGUCAUCAUUAUUUCGAUUCUCUUAUACUUUCUUUGAUCUGGGUUUCUGUUCAGUUUGCUAAUGAGUGCCACAUAUGCAUAGGAGCUUCCAGCUUUUGUGUCCAUUUAAGCGCUACACCUAAUUCCAUGCACUCCUCCUACUACUACUGGGUACACCACUUGAUCUCUACCUGUUGGUUUAAAAAAAUAUCACAAAUCGAACUAUUACACCUAUUACACCUCUGGCAAGUAGUAGUGCAUCUGCAUUCUGCCGCUCUACGCCUAAUGCUAGUACUGUUAAAACAAAACUUAUUGCCUGAUAUCUCCAGCUGUAGGCUGCCCCUUUAAUCUUGUCACUGUCUACCGAUAUAUGUUCCUCACACUUGCAUUAACACAACCUCUGGGUCUCUUUCCUUGUCACGUGUCCCAGGGUUGCCAUCCAAGGCGACUGAAUUCCUCUCAAAGUCACACCCAUUUUUUUAAGGCUUCUACUAAUUGUGGGAACCUCCACUCCUGCCAGUUAUCAUCCAGCCUCACUAGAUCAGAUUUUAUGCCUGGUAGUUUAUCUAGGGUACGUCUAACAUACCCUCUAAUACCUUCUUCUUAGCCAUGGACUCCAAGGUUUGGAUAUUGGUAACCAGUUUCUCAUAGAACUCAUUAAUUCUUGUUGGGUUAGUCUCUCUGAUAACUGAUAAUCCCAUUAUGCAUUGGAUGUGAGCAUUAGCUACAGCUCUUGGCUUUGCAUAUUUGGUCAUGAGAAUGUUCUUAGCUCGUGUGUAUCCUUCACUGUUAAUGGGCAACCCAUCGAUGAAAGCUCUAUUUCUUGGUACAAGUAGUUCUUUUAAGUAUAAGAUUUUGGCAACUAGAGCAGUCUGAUUUGUCUAUUGUCGCUUCAAACUGCUCUUAAAACCUUUGGCAAUCUAGAUGCUUCCCCUGGAAUUUCGUUAUCACAAGUUUGUGUAACUUAACAUUAAGUUUACCUACAUCACUCUCCUUCUCAACGGUUUGCGCUUUGAAGUUCUUCUUGCUCUCAAGUCUCGCUUUCUCCUUUUUCCUUGAGUUUCUCUUGCUUCUUGUUGCCUUAAUUUUUUUCUAUGUCUUCAAAUUCUUGGACCACUUUCUUGUACUUGCUCAACUCUUCUUGAAUACCCAAACUCUAAUCUUUAAUGAGAUCUUCUUUUUCAUCUCGCCAAUUUUAAGUUCUUGUACUUUCGCUUUUAUUUCAUUGCAUUCCUCAAGUUUGCUCUUCAAAAACUUGCGAAGUCUUCGAAUUGGUUUUAGCAAAUUGCUUCCAGCAAUCUUGUUUGUGUUUUUGUCCGUCAGCUGCAGUACUUUCAUUUUGUUUUGGAUUCUUUUCUCCUGAUUUUUUCCUGAAUUCAGGUAGGGUUGCUACUUUGUCGCAACUGUUUCUUUAGAUGAUAAACUCACGCUCUCUAGGAUCCAGAACAGAACUGUUUUAAUACUUCUUGAAACAGCAUCCUAUAAUAUCCAUAAACCUGGGUCCCAGACCUCGAUGACCCUAGAGAGCGCCUGACUAGUUCACAACAUGAAAAAACACGAAGAAACAUUCUUAGCAUUCUAAUAUCAGUCUACAAGUUCUCACAAGUCAAAGGUCCUAUUAUAAGUUCUGGUAUUAAAAUCGUUCUACCCCCUCGAGAGUACUUACCUCUAUGCGGAAAAAUUUUUUUUACUCCAAUAAAACUUCCGGCACCCUGGGUAGGAGCCGUUAGACUCAGGUCAAAGCGUGAAUUUUUUUGUGAGACGAGCCAAAUUGUGCUUCGAAUUGACCUUAACUGAGUUUGUUUGACUUCUUGGAGACGUCAAACUUGACGUAACCUGGAUCCACCGAGACGUCUUACUGUGGAUAAAGCAGAUGAAGAGAACACGUUUUACCACCCCAUUCAACCACUUUGCUGCCCCAACAACAGUCCGCCCGUUAUACCAAUAAAUCUUCCUGGGGUGGCCUUUUAUCGUGGUGAACUGUUUAAGAUGCUUGAUAAACUCCUCAGCUGUUUGGUUUGGCUGCAACUCAAAGUGGACAGCUCUGGUAAAGCUGCAAGCAAAUAACAAUAUAUGCAUAGCAUCCUCUGAUAACUCUCUUUUUGAGCUGUCUUAGCUGAGGGACCCAAUAUUACUGACGAACAAACUCAUCGUAAGUCCCACUCCUACCCUGGAUUCUUCCUCUGCACUCGUGCUGACCGUCUUCAUUCUUCUGCAAAUUAAGCUUGACCUGAUUUUCAUGGAAAUUGUCUGUAUUUAACCUGCUGUUUUGAGCUCUUCCUAACCAGAAUUUCGCUUGCUUGUCCGUAUUACUUGUGGUCAAUGGCCAGACAACCUGUACUUCUUUCCUUAUUCUACAGUUGUGGAUAAAUCUUGCUUCCCAUGACGUGAUACGUAUUGUCUGCCAGAAUCCAUGUUUCUCUAGGAUCUGGUGUUGGGUGUCCUUCAUCUCUGUGGCCCCAGCAAACACUCCCUUUACUAGCUUGGCCUCUGCUUCUGUCUCUUUAUUUGGCUUAGUUUACAUCACCGCUGGCCACUUUUCUGGUUUAGACAGCCAGUUUGAUGCCUUAUGUCAGAUUUCAAGAUGCUCUUUAGACAGGGUGCCUCUGCUCUGUUCCUGUAUACCACCCCUUAACAUAGGCCGUGGAAUUAAUUUGAGCGACUCUAUUGGACACAAAUUGUUUCUAGCUCCCUUCCUCAGCGAUCCAAUACAAGACUACUGUACUUUCUGUCCAUCCAUACACAGAACACAGACCACACUACAUAUCCUUCAAAAGCGCUUGUUAUAUUGUCUACAAUGUUGGCUGCCAUGUGAGCAGAAAUGAGCUCCAACCUUGGCAUGGUAAGUCCUUUCUUUGCUAAGCGUGCGUUUGCUGCUAACAGACUCUGGUGUAUAUCAGAUUCCUGAUACAUGACCGCGUACACUGCUACUGCGUGUCCCUUUCCCACUAGAAUCACAGAAUGCCUGCAGGUCUAAAGCUUGGACAAUUUUAGAGCCAUAGUUAGACUGCGUAGGUACUUAAGCUCACCAGGCUACUUUCCCUUAAAUUUCUCCCGUUGUGCUUUUAGUUCCUUGGGUAAAACAGCAUCCCAAGGAAGGUGUCGGUUACAUGAUUCUCUGAAAACCAUUUUCCCGACUAAUGUUAAUGGACUUCCUACCCCAAGACGGUUAUAUAUUGAAGCUAAACUCCUUAGCUCUUCUCUCUCUGUGACUUUUUGUGAAUCACCGGAAAAGGUCACAGCCAGUGUCCUUCACCUUAUCCAAAGGAAGCCCGUAUAGUUUUUCUGCAGUGGUUUUCACCCCCAACUGUUCCUUGGCAUAUGUUUGGCUAUCUUCUGUCAACUGAUUAUCUGCUUCCAGUGUGGCUCAUUAGAGUUAUAUAUAUUUGGAAACCUGUCCCUUUAAAAUCCUCUAUUGCAGUUCCUUUAAAGUCCUACCUUUGAUCAAGCAUAUCUUCCCCAGUGAUGAUAUCAUCCUCGUAAAGACUUCUCAUGAUCUCCUCCACUUGCUUUGAGUAUUCAUUUCUUAAAGCUUUUAAAAGUUGUUUCAAGGUCCCUGUAAGAAGAAACUGCGGCUGCACAAGUCCAAAUAAAGCCUGCGUGAACCUCAAAGUGUCAACUUGUGACGAGUCUUUAUUGCUGAUCCAAUGAAAUCUUAAUGUCUCACGAUCUGCUUCUCUAAUCCGUACCUGAGAGUAGGCCUGCUUAAUAAUGUCUCCACACAAGGUAACUGGUUCGAAAAGGUUCCGAACCAGCACACUCCAAAGGAAAUUAAAUUUUAUAGAGGUGGCCCAGUCUCUAAGCAAUCAUUCUAUUAAAUGCCACCUUGGUUUGCCUUUUUUACUCGACAAAGACAAUACGCAUUGUUGUACUCUGUGACGCUUCUCUUAUGACUGCUUUGUGCCGCAGAUAACAUUCUCUCGCCUCUUGAGUCUCAUCGCUUACUCUCUCCACAAUACCUUCUUUCAUUUGGUUCUGCUCAGGGUAGUGGGCGAGCCAAAAACUCCUUUUAUGUUAGAGACUUGGACCUUGUACAUUUCUAUCUUCUGUCUUAUCCACGUCAUUAUUUUUUCAAUUCUCUCGUACUCUCUUCGAUGUGCUGUUCAGUUUGCUAAUAAGUGCCGCUGAUGUAUAGGAGCUCCCAGCUCCCAUGUCCAAUAAAGCGCUAUACCUAAUUCCAUCCACUUCUACCACAACUCAAGGUACACCACUUGACCUCCGCCUUUUGCUAGCAUUAGCUGGUUUGAAAGCUUAUCACAAAUCGAACUGUGGUGCUUCCUAUUACAUAUCUGGCACGAAGUAGUGCAUCUGCAUUCUGUCGCUCUAUGCCUGGUGCCAGUACAGUUUCAACACAACUUAUUGUCUGACAAGUACUUCCUUCUGUCGGCUACCCUUUUAGUCUUGUCAUAGUCAACUCAUUUAUGUUCCUCAGACUUACAGUAAACACAAACCCUUAUGAUUUUCACCGGCUUGUUUAGCUUGAAGCAAUGGGUCUUUUUCCUUGUCACGUCUCGAAGGGUUGCCAUCCAAGGGUACUGAUUUCCUCUCACACCCAUUUUCUUAAGGCUUCUACUAGUUGAGGGAACCUCCACUCCUUCCAGUUAUUAUCCAUCCUCACUAGGUCAACUCUUAAGCAUGGUAGUUUAUCUAGGGUAAGUCUAACAUACCCUCUAAUAUCUUUGUCCUUACCCAUGGACUCUGAGGUUUGGAUAUUGGUAACCAGUUUCUUAUAGAACUGAUUUAUUUUUGUUGGGUUAGUCCCUGUGAUAACUGGCAAUCAUAUUAUGCACUGGAUGUGAGCAUGAGCUACUUUCCUUGGCUAUGCAUAUUAAUUUUGGUCAUGAGAAUGUUCUUAGCUUGUGUGUAUCCCUCACUGUCAAAGCGCAACCCCUCGAUAACAGCUCUAACUCUUGGUAAAAGUAGUCCCUUCAAGAUGAGACUUUGGCAACUUGACCAAUGUCUGAUUUGUCUAUUGUCGCUUCAAACUGUUCCCAAAUCCUUUGCCAAGCUACUUGUAGAUGUGUCCCAUGGAGUUUCGUUAUAACAAGUUUGGGUAGUUUAACGUUUUGUUUAGCUGCAUUACUCGCCUUUUCGAUGGUUUUCGCUUCAAAUUUCUUCUUGAUGUGAAGUUUUUUCUCUUUUUCCUGUGUUGCUCGUGCUGCUUGUUUCCUUAAGUUUUGUAUCAGCUGUUGGAAUUCUUCGACCACUUUCUCGUCCUUGACCAACUCUGCUUGAAUACCCAAACUCUAAUCUUUUAUGACAUCUUCGCCACCUCGUCCAAUUUUAAGUUCUUUUACAAUUGCUUUUAUUUCAUGGCAUUCCUCCUCUUUGCUCUUCAUAAACUUGCAAUGUCUAUGAAUCAGUUUCAACAAAUGGCUUCCAGCAAUCUUGUUUGUAAUUGUUUUCUCUUUAUUUUUCACUGCUUCCGGUGUUGUUGUGAUGAUUCCGUCAUGGCAGGGUCACCACUUUGUCAGAUCUGUUUCUCCAGACGAUAAACUCACGCUCGGGACAAUCAAGAAGAGAACUGUCUUAAUGCUUCUAACCGCCUCUCAGUAAAGAUUAGAAACUCUCGCCAUGUGCUUUUUUUGCUGAUCGAUCACUUCUUGAAACAACAUCCUCUAAUAUCCAGAAACGUGGCUCCCAGGCCCCGAUGAUCUUAGAGAGUGUCUCACCAACUCAGAAAGUGAAUAAACGCGAACAAACAUUGUUAACAUUCUAAUAUCAGUCUACGAAUUCUCGUAGGUCAAAGGUCCUAUUAUAAGUUCUGGUAUUGUAAUCCUUCUACCCCAUCUUGAGUGCAUACCUGAGUAUGUGAAAAAUAUUUUUUUUACCCAAUAAAACUUUUGGCACCCAGGGUAGGAGCUGUUAGACUCAGGUCAAAGCAUGAAUUUUUUUUUGUGAGACGAACUAAAAUAUUGCACUUAGAAUUGACCUUAACUGAGUUUUUUUGACUUGUUGGAGAUGUUAAAGUUGACAUAACUUUGGAUCCACAGAGACAUUCUACUAUGGGUAAAGCUGAUUAAUAGAACGUGUUUUCCUUUGUGCGGCAGAUAAUAUUUUUUUCCCCUUAAGUCUCAUCGCUCACCCUCUCCACAAAACCUCCUUUUAGUUGGCCUUGGAUUAAUUUGUCAAACUCAUCUAGGUGACUGGGUACCUUUUGCAGUUUCCUCACGAGGUAAGAUAGCUGUGCAAGACUGCUUUUGUGAUUGUUAGGAAGAGAUGGAUGUCCCGUUUUCCACAGCAGACCAGACUUUAACCACCCCUCUGUGUUGCACACCAGUUGCUCUUGAAGUUCGCUCUACGCAACCUGGCUGGUAUUUUCUCUAGUCCCAGUUUUUCAAGGCUGCACAACUACUUGUAGUCUGAUGAAGAACUCGUUGUUAAGUACACACUGCUCAGGUUUGUCUCAGGUUUAGAGGACAUUAUGGUCCAGCCAAUUGAAGAGAAUUUUGCUAUUGGUUCUCUUGGCUCCUCACCCUUGGUGCUAAAUUUGUCUUAAUCUUGGCAUACCCACUAGCCCUGAGGAUUACAUGUAUAGGCAGCUCGGGUUGAUGUCGGCGUCAUCAAUCUCCACGCCCUUGAAGUGUUGGUACUUGGAGAUUAUAUCCACUCCGGGUUUGGGAUAGGUAGCAAAGUUGCCUUGUCCACUUUGCUGAGGGUAGUAGGCAAGCUGAAAGGUCUUUUCCGUUGUCAUGUCUCCCAGGGUUGCUAUCCAGGGGGACUGAGUUCCUCUCACAGUCACACCCAAUUUGUUAAGGCUGCUACGAAUUGCGAGAACAUCCACUCCUGCCAGUUAUCAUCUAGCCUCACUAGAUCAGGUCUCAUGCUUAGUAGUUUAUCUAGGGCAAGUCGAACAUACCUUCUGUUAUCUUUCUCCUUACCCAUAGUCUCUAAGUUUUGGACAUUGGUAACCAGUUACUCAUAGAACUCGUGAAUUCUUCUUGGGUUAGUCCCUGUGAUAACUGGCAAUCCCAUUAUGCACAGGAUGUGAGCAUUAGCUACUUCUCUUGGCUUUGCAUAUUUGGUCAUAAAAAUGUUCUUAGCUCGUCUGUAUCCCUCAGUGUUAAAGGGCAACCCAUCGAUGACAGCUCUAACUCUUAAUACAAGUAGUUCUUUCAAGUAUGAGAUUUUUGCAAGUUGACCAAUGUCUGAUUUGUCGAUUUCUGCUUUAAUCUGUCCCCAAAACCUUUGCCAAUUUAGGUGCGUCCCCUGGAGUUUCGUUAUCACAAGUUUGGGUAUUUCUUGAUCUCAGGUCUCUCUUUCUCCUCUUUUUCCUGAGUUUCUCCUGCUUUUUGUUCCGUAACUUCUGUUCCAGCUCUUCUAAUUCUUCGACCACUUUCUCGUACUUGCCCAACUCUGCUUGAAUUCCCUAACUCCAAUUUUUAAUGACCUCUUUGUCACCUCAUCCAGUUUUAAGUACUUGUACAAUCGCUUUUAUUUCAUGGCAUUCCUUCAACUUUGCUGUCCAUAAACUUGCGAUGUCUUUGAAUCGGUUGCAAAAAAUUACUUUCAGCAUCUUGUUUGUGCUUUCCUCCGUUGGCUGCAGUACUGUACUGAUUUUGUCUUAGCAGGGUCGCCACUUUUUCGGAACUGUUUCUUCAGAUGAUAAACUCAUGCUCGCGGUAAUCAAGAAGAAAAUUGUUUUAAUGCUUCUAACCUUCUCUCGGUGAAGAUAACAAACUCUCACCAUGAGCUUUUUGUGCUGAUUCAUCUCUUCUUGAAAUGACAUCCUAUAAUAUCCAUAAACUUGGCUCUCAGGCCCCGAUGACCUUAGAGAGCGUCUGACUUGUUUGCUAAGUGAAAAAACACGAAAAAACAUUCUUACUAUCCUAAUAUCAGUUUACGAAUUCGCACAGGUCAAAGGUGCUAUUAUAAGUUGUGGUAGUGAAAUCCUUCUACCGCGUCUCGAGUACGUACCUCUGUAUGCAGAAAACAAUUUUUGUACCCCCAUAAAACAUCUGGCACCAAGGGUAGGGCUGUUAGACUCAGGUCAAAGAAUGAUUUUUUUGUGAGACAAACUAAAUUUUGCUCAGAAUUGAUCUUAACUGAGUUUGUGUGACUUGUUGGAGACGUCAAACUUGACAUUACUUUGGAUCCACAGACACAUUCUACUCUGGCUAAAGCGGAUGAAUAGAACAUGUUUUACCACCCCAUUCGACCACUUCACUGCGGCAACAAAACAUUGCUCGUUAUAUAAAUAAAUAUUCUUGGGGUGGCCUUUUUCUUGUGAUGAACCGUUUGAGAUGCUUGAGGAACUCCUUAGCUGUUUGGUUUGGCAGCAACGCCAGGUGGACAGCUCUGGUUAAGCUGCAAGCUAAUAAGAAAAUAUAUGAUUUUCGCUUUUUCUUUGUCUUGGGUUCGACCCUAUUGGUCCUGCAAAGUCUAGGCCAACUACUUGGAAAGGGGUGAUCCUUCUGUCUUGUCUGUUUGUGCAAUUUUCCAGCUGGUGGGUUUGAGAAAGCGGUAACUUGGAAUAUCUCGAAUCCAUAGCAUCCUCUGAUAACCGUCGUUGUAAGCUGUCUAAGCCGAGGCACCUAAUGUUGUUGACAAACAAAACUGAUGGAAAGGCCCACUCCCCCUUGAAGACUUUGCACAUGUUUAUCAUGGACAAUUGUCUCUGUUAACAAGGCAUCUGGUGGUAAGUAGAUAGGGUAGCUUCCCUGGAUUCUUCUUCUACACUCGUACAGACCCUCUUCAUUGUUCCCAAAAUUAGGUGUGAGGUGAUCUUCAUAGAACGUGUCUGUGUUUAACCUGCUGUUUUGAGCUCUUCCUACCCAGAAUUUCACUUACUUGUCAGUCUCUCAUGUGGUCAAUGGACCAGACAACUGGUACUUCUUGCCUUUCUUACAGUUGUGGAUAAAUCUCGCUACCCAUGACGUGAUACGUAUUGUCUGCCAGAAUCCAUGUUUCUCUAAAACCUGGCAUAGGUUAUUCUCCAUCUCUGUGGCCGCAGCAAACACUUCCUUUACUAGCUUGUUCUCUGCUUCUUUCUAUUUACUUGGCUUAGUUUUCACCACUGCUGGCCACAUUUGUGGAUUAGACAGCCACUAUGGUCCCUGAAGCCAGAUUUUUAACGUUCUCUAGACAUGGUGCCUCUGCUCUGUUCCCGUGUACCUCCACUUCACAUAGGCCGUGGCAUUAAUUUGAUUAAGAACUCUAUUGGCCACAAAUUGUUUGUAGCUCCCUUGACCAGUGAUCUAAUGCAAAACUACAGUACUGUCUGUCCAUCCAUACACAGACCUCACUACAUGUCCUUCUUAAGCCCUUCUUCCAUUGUCUACAAUGUUGGCUACCGUGCCUUUGCUGCUCACAGUCCCUGGUGCAUACCAGAUUCUCGAUACGUAACUGCAUACACUGCUGCUGCUGCCCCUUUCCCACUAGAAUCACAGAAUGUAUGCAGCUCUAAAGCUUGGCCCUUUUCUUAAGCUAUAGUUAGACUGCAUGGUAAUUUACGCGCACCAGGCCACUUUCCCUUAAACUCCUCCUAUUUUGCUUUCAGUUCCUUGGGUAAGACAGCAUCCUAAGGGAGGUGUCGGUCACAUGCUUAUUGGAAAACCCCUUUCCCUACUAAGAUUACAGGACGUGCAACCCCUAGAAGGUCAUUUAUUGAAGCUAAAUUCCUAAGCACUUCUACCUGUGUGGCUUUUUCUGAAUCACCAGAAAAGGUCACAGCCAGAGUUUAAUCCACCUUAUCAAAAGGGAGCCUGAGUAGAUUUUUUUUACUGAUUUUCACCCCUAACUGUUCCUUGGCAUUUGUCCGGCUACCUUCUGUCAAAUGAUUAUCUGAUUCCAGUUGUGGUACAUUAGAAUUCCACUUAUGCAAUUCAAAACCUGCGGCUUUAAAAUCCUAUAGUGCAGUUCCUUUCAACUCUUGCACUUGAUCAACUGUUUCUUCCCAAGCGAUGAUUUCGUCAACAUAAAGACUUAUCAUUUCCUCCACAUGCUUUGGGUAUUCAUUUCUUAAAGCUUUUAAAGGUUGUUUCAAGGACCCUGGAAGAAGAAACUGCGACUGCACAAGUCCAAAUAAAGCCCGCAUGAACCUUGAAGUCUCAACUUGUGAUGUGUCUAUAUCUCUUAUCCAAUGAAAUCGAAACAUGUGACGACCUGCUUCUCUAAUCCGCAGCUGGAAGAAGGCCUGCUUAAUAGUGUCUCCACACAAGGCAACUGGUUUGAGACGGUUGCGAGAGGUGACCCAGUCUCUAAGGAACUGUUCAAUGAAAGGCCACCUUGCUUUGCCUCAACUAAUGCAUCAAAGACAAUAAACAUUUUGGUACACUGUAUUGCUUCUCUUAUGACUGCUUUGUGCGGCACAUAGCAUUCUCUUUCCCCUUGAGUCUCAUUGCUCACUCUCUCCGCAUUACGUUGUUUCAGUUGGGUCUGGAUUAUUUUAUCAUAUACAUCUAGGUCACUGGGUUCCUUCUGCAAUUUCUUCAUGAGGUAAGAUAGUGGUGCGAUUGUUAGGGAGGGGUGAAUGUCCAGCUUUUCACAGUAGACCAGUCUCGUACCACCCCUCAGGGUCGUGAAACAGCUACUUUUGGAAUUCGCUAUACACCACCUGUUGAUCACCAGCUGGUCUCUUCCAGUACAUAAAGGCUGCACAACUACUCUUAGUCUGAUGAAGAUUUCCUAGUUAGGUACACACUGCUGAGGGUUUUCUCAGCUCCGGGGGACAUUAUGGUCGAGCAAAUUGAUGUGAUUUCUUGUAUUGGUUCUCCUGGCUCGCCACCCUUGGUGCUAAAUUUGUCUUAAUCCUGGAAAACUUGUUAGCCCCGUGGAUCACCUGUAUAGGCAGCUCGGGCUUGAUGUUGUUGUCAUGAAUUUCCACGCCCUUGAGGUGUUGGUACUUGGAGAUUAUAUCCACUUAGGGUUCGGGAUAGUUAGCAAAGUUGCCUUGUCCACUUUGCUCAGGGUAGUGGGCAAGCUGAAAAAAGCUCCUGUAAUCUUAGAAACUUGGACCUUGAACAUUUCUCUCUUCUGACUUGUUCACGUCAUUAUUUCGAUUCUUUUAUACUCUCUUCGAGUUGGCUUUCUGUUCAGUUUGCUAAAGAGUUCCACUGAUGCAUAGGAGCUUCCAUCUUUCGUGUCCAUUUAACUCGGUCUGGAUUAAGAUGGGUGAGGAUGUUGUUGAUGACCCAUGUGGUGAACUAGAGAUGGACAACCAAACUUUCGAAUAGUGUUUAGCUUGAUAAUGUGGAGACCGUUCAUCAUCACGUACACGUAAGACCCGCUCUAUCCCUAGUGUUAGUACAGGUAAAACGCAACUUAUUGCCUGAUAUCUCCAGCUAUCGGCUGCCGCUUUAAUCUUGUCACUGUGAACUGAUUUAUGUUCCUCAGACUUCCAGUUAACACAACCAGUGGGUCUCUUUGCUUGUCACGUAUCCCUGGGUUGCCAUCCAGGGGGACUGAGUUCCUCUCCCCCCCCCGUUUUCUUAAGGCUUUUACAAAUGGCGGGAACCUCUACUCCUGCCAGUUAUCAUCCAGUCUCACUAGAUCAGAUCUUAUGCCUGGUAGUGUAGCUAGGGUAAGUCCAGCAUACCCUCUAAUAUCUUUCUUCUUACCCAUGCACUCUAAGGUUUGGAUAGUGGUAACCAGUUUCUCAUAGAACUCAUUAAUUCUUGUUGGGUUAGUCUCUGUGAUAACUGAUAAUCCCAUUAUGCACUGGAUGUGAGCAUUAGCUACUUCCCUUGGCUUUGCAUAUUUGGUCAUGAGAAUGUUGUUAGUUUGUGUGUAUCCCUCACUGUUAAAGGGUGACCCUUCGAUGAUAGCUCCAACUCUUGGUACAAGUAGUUUUUUCAAGUAUGAAAAUUUGGCAACUUGGCCAAUGUUUGAUUUGUCUAUUUCUUCUUUAAACUGCCCCCAAAACCUUUUCGAAUGUAGGUGCAUCCCGUGGAAUUUCGUUACCACAAGUUUGGGUAGUUUAAUGUUUAGUUUACCUGCAUCACUCUCCUUCUCGACGGUUAUCGCUUAGAAUUUCUUCUUGGUCUCAAGUCUCGCUUUCUGCUCUUUUUCUUUCGUUUCUCUUGCCUCUUGUUGCCUUUUCGUUUGUUCCAGCUCUUCUAACUCUUCGGCCGCUUUUUCGUACUUGCCCAACUCUGCUUAAAUACACCACCUCUUGAUCGCCAGGUAGUCUGUCGUCUAGUCCCAAUACAUAAAGGCUACACAACUACUCGUAGUCUGAUGAAGAACUCCUAGUUAGGUACACACUGCUCAGGUUUGUCUCAGCUGCAGGGGACAUUAUGGUCUAGCCAAUUGAUGUGAAUUCUUCUAUUGGUUCUUCUGGCUCCCCACCCUUGGUGCUAAAUUUGUCUUUAUCUUGGUAUACUCGCUUUCCCCGAGGUUUACGAGUGUAGGGAGCUUGGGCUCAGUAUUAGUCUCAUCAAUCUCCACACCUUUGCGGUGUUGGUUCUUGGCUCUAUGCCAAGUGCCAUAUUGUAAUUGUAUCAUCAAGACUAGUUUAUCCUAAGUUGAGGAGGCCUGACUCAUUAUAAGCCUCGUGGUUUCUUUCAGGUCUCCUCGCCAUUUACUUUUUCUUUAAUCUCAUCAUUCCAACCUUGCACUGUAAAAUUUUGUAUAUAUGGCAAAUAAAGAAUGAAUGAAUGAAUGAAAGUGCCAAUAUAGUUUAACACAACUUAUUGUCUGACAAGUACCUCCACCUGUCGGCUGCUCCUUUAAUCCUGUCAGAUUUAACUGAUCUAUGUUCCUUAGACUUACACAGUCAACUGAUUUAUAUUCCUUAGACUUACAGUAAACACAACCCCUGGGUCUGUUUCCUUUUCACAUCCUCCAGGAAUGCCAUCCAGGGGGAGUGAGUGCCUCUCACUCCGAUUUUCGUAAGGCUUCUACUAAUUGUGGGACCCUCUACUCCUGCCAGUUAUCAUCCAGCCUCACUAGAUCAGAUCUUAUGCCUGGUAACAAUGUUGUUUGUGUUUUUGUUCGUCAUCUUCAGUACUUUCGAUUUAUUUUCGAUUGUUUUCUCCUGAUUUUCGACGGUUCCUGCUGUUGUUAUGAUUUCAUCCUGACAGGGUCGCCACUUUGUCGGAACUGUUUCUCCAGACGAUAAACUCACGCUGCCUACGAUCAAGAACAGGACUAUUUUAAUGCUUCUAUCCCUCUCUCGGUAAAGAUUACAAACUCUCUCCAUGUGCUUUUUGUGCUGAUAGAUCACUUUCUGAAACAACAUCCUAUAAUAUCUAUCAACCUGGUUUCCAGCGCCUGAUGAUGACCUUAGAGAGCGCCUGAAUAGUUCACAAAGUGAAAAAAAUCAAAGAAAUAUUCUUAACAUCCUAAUACCAGUCUACGAAUUCUCACAGGUCAAUGGUCGUAUUAUAAGUUCUGGUAUUGAUUUCUUUCUACCCCUUCGUGAGUACUUACCUCUGUAUGUAAAAAGCAACUUUUUUACCCCAAUAAAACCUCUGACACCCAGGGUAGGAGCUGUUAGAUUCAGGUCAAAGCAUGAUUUUUUUUUGUGAGAUGAACUAAAUUGCUCUUGGUAUUGAGCUUAACAUAGGUUGUUGGACUUUGACAUAACUUUGGAUCCACACAGACAUUCUACUCUGGCUAAAGAGGAUGAAUAAAAGAUGUUUCACCUCCCCAUUCAACCACUACGCUUCGGCAACAAACGUUCGCCCAUUAUACAAAUAAAUCUUCCUGGGGUGGCCUUUUCUCGUGAUGAACCAUUAGAGAUGCAUGAUGAACUCCUCAGCUGUGUGGUUUGGCAACAACUCCAGGUGGACAGCUCUGUUUAAGCUGCAAGCAAAUAACAAAAUAUAUGUUUUUCCUUCUUUCUUUGUCGCGAUUUUGUACCCUAUAGGUCUUGCAAAGUCCAGGCCAAUUACUUGGAAAGGGCCUGAUCCUUCUGUUCUGUCUGUUUGCAAUUUUCCAGCUGGUGGGUUUGAGAAAGCGGUAACUUUGAAUUUCUUGCACCCAUAGCAUCCUCUGAUAACUUCCUUUUGUGAGUUGUCCUGGCCGAGACACCCAAUAUUAUUGACGAACAAACCUCAUCAUAUGUCCCACUUCCCACGAAGACUUAGCACUUCUUUACCAUGGACAAUUGCCUCUGUUAACAAGGCAUCUGGUGGUAAGUAGAUAGGGUACCUUCACUUUGUUCUUCCUCUACACUCGUACAGACCCUCUUCAUACUGCUGCAAAUUAAGUUUGAGCUAAUCUUCAUGGAACGUGUCUGUGUUUAACCUGUUGGUUUAAGCUCUUCUUACCCAUAAUUUCAGUUGUAUGUCAGUCUUACAGGUGGGCAAUGGACCAGACAACCGGUGUUUCUUGCCUUACAGUUUCGGAUAAAUCUUGCUACGCAUGAUGUAGUACGUAUUGUCUGCCAGAAUUUAUUCUCUUAAACCUUGCGUAGGGUCUCCUUCAUCUCUGUGGCCCCAGGAAACAAUUCCUUUACUAGCUUGGCCUCUUCUUUCGCUUGUUUAGUUGGCUUAGUUUGUGCCACAGCUGGCCUCAUUUCUGGUUUAGACAACCGGUUUUGUCCCUUCAGCCAGAUUUCAAGAAUAUUCUCUAGACAGGUUGCCUGUUCUCUUUUCCCGAAUACCUCCACUUAACAUAGGCCGUGGUAUUAAUUUGAGCAACUUUGUUAGACAUAAAUUGUUUGUAGCUCCCUUGAUCAGCGAUUUAAUGCAAGACUACUGUACUGUCUGUCCAUCCAUACACAGACCUCACCACAUAUCCUUCCAAAGCACCUCUUAUAUUGUCUACAAGAGUGGCUGCCAUGUGAGCAGAAAUGAGCUCUAAUCUUGGCAUGGUCAGUUUUUUCUUUACUAACUGUGCCUUUUCUGGGAGCAGACCCUGGUGCAUAUCAGAUUCUUGACACAUGACUGCCUACACUGCUGCUGCUGUCCCUUUAAUCACAGAAUGCAUGUAGCUGUAAAGCUUGGACCAGGUCUUGAUCUAUUGGAAGACUUUGUGGGAAUUUAAGCUCACCAGGCCACUUUCCCUUAAAUUUCUCCAUUGUGCUUUCAGUUCCUUGGGUAAAAUAGCAUCCCAAGGAAGGUGUCAGUCACGUGCUUGUCUGAAAACCAUUUUCCUCACCGAGGUUGCAGGACUUGCUACCCCAAGAGGGUCAUAUAUUGAAGCUAAACUCCUUAGCACUUCUCUCUUUGUGGCUUAGUGUGAAUCACCGGAAAAUGUCAUAGCCAGAGUUUCCUCCACCGAAUCCCAAGGGAGCCUGAGUACUUUUGCUUCAUUGGUUUUAAGCCCCCAACUUUUUUUGGCAUAUGUUUGUCUAUCUUCUGUCAACUGAUUACCCGCUUCCAAAUCUGGUACAUUAGAGUUCCACUUAUGGAACUCGAAACGUGCCCCGUAAAAAAAGCUUAUUGCAGUUCUUCUCCACUCAUACACGUGAUCAACCGUAUCUUCCCCACUGAUGAUGUCAUCAACAUAAAGACUUCUUAUGGUUUUUUCUACAUGCUUUGGGUAUUCAGUUCUUGAAGUUUCUAAAUGUUGUUUCAAGGUCUCUGCAAAAAGAAACAGCGACCGUACAAGUCCAAAUAAAGCCCGCGUGAACCUCAAAGUCUCAACUUGUGAAGAGUUUUUAUCCCUUAUCCAAUGUAAGCUAAAUGUGUCAUCAUCUGCUUCCCAUCAAUCAAGGGCCACGUUGACUUACCUUAGCUAAUGCAUCAAAGACAAUAGGCAUUGUUUUACUCUGUGCUGCUUCUCUUAUGACUGCUUUGUGUAGGAGAUAACAUUCUCUUUCCCAUUGAGUCUCAUCGCUCACUCCUUUCAGUUGGUCGUGGAUACUGAUGUAGGUGACUGGGUACGUUCUGCAAUUUCGUCACUAGGCUAGAUAGUUGGCGAGACUGCUUUUGUGUGUGUUAGGUAGGGGUGGAUGGUUAGCUUUUCACAGUAGAGCAGUCUCGUACUACCCCUCAGGGUAAUUACGCUUGGAUUUGACUGUAAUUGAGUCUGUUUGACUUGUUGGAGACAUCAAACUUUACGUUACUUUGGAUCCCAUGAAACAUUCUACUCUGGCUGAAGCAGAUGACUGGAAAAUGUUUUACCACCCUACUGAAUCACUUCGCUGCGGCAACGAAAGUUCGCCCCUUAUACGAAUAAAUCUUCGUGGAGUGGCCUUUUCUCAUGAUAAACCGUUUGAGACGCUUGAUAAACUCCUCAGUUGUUUGGUUUGGCAGCAACUACGGGUGGACAGCUCUUAAUAUUAGUGAUGAACAAAACUCAUCGUAAGUCCCUUCCCCCCUUGACGACUUAGCAGAUGUUUAUCAUGGACAAUUGUCUCUGUUAACAAGGCAUCUGGUGGUAAGUAGAAAGUGUAGCUUCCAUGCAUCUUCGUCUACUCUCGUAGAGAGCCUCUUCUUUUAUCUGCAAAUUAAGUUUGAGCUGAUCUUCAUGGACGUGUGUCAGUAUUUCACUUGCUUGUCAGUCUCACAUGUGGUCAAUGGACCAGACAACCGGUAUUUCUUGCCUUUUUGACAGUUUCGGAUAAAUCUUGCUACCCAUGAUGUAGUACGUAUUGUCUGCCAGAAUUAAUGUUUCUCUUAAACCUUGUGUAGAGUCUCCUUAAUCUCUGUGGCCCCAUCAAACACUUCCUUUACUAGCUUAGCCUCUGCUUGUCGUAGUUUUCACCAAAAUCUGGCAACAUUUCUGGUUUAGACAUCCAGUUUUGUCUCUUCAUCCAGAGUUCAAGACGCUCUCUAGACAGGGUGCCUGUGCUCUGUUGCCGUAUACCUCUACUUCACAUAGGUCGUGGCAUUAAUUUGAGAACGUCUAUCGGACACAAAUUGUUUCGAGCUACCUUAAUCAGCGAUCCAAAAGAAGACUACUGUACUGUCUGUCUAUCCAUACAAAGACUUUACUACAUAUCCUUCCAAAGCGCUUCAAGGUCUUUGCAAGGUCCCUUCAAGAAAUAGCGACUGCAAAAACCCCCCGUGAACCUCAAAUUCUCAACUUGUGAUGAGUCUAUAUGGCUUGUCCAAUGAAAUAGAAAUUCGUUGCGAUCUGCCUCUCUAAUCUCUAAAGUUAUUACUAUUAAUCCGCGCCUGCAAGAAGGCCUGCUUAAUAAUGUCUCCACAAAAUGUCUCCAAAAUGUCUCCGCAACUGGUUUGAGGUGAUUUCGAACCAGCACGCUCCAGAAGAAACUUUAUGCAGGUGGCCCUUUCUCUAAGCAGUCGUUCAAUGAAGGGCCACCUUGGUUUGCCUUGGCUAGUGCAUCAAAGACAAUACGCAGUUUGGUACUCUGUGCUGUUUCUCUUAUGACUGCGUUGUGUAGGAGGUGACAUUCUCUUUCUCCUUGAGUCUCAUCGCUCACUCUCUCCACAAUACCUUGUUUCAGUUGGUUGUGAAUUAUUUUGUCUUACUCAUCUAGGUGACUGGGUACCUUCUGCAAUUUCUUCGUGACGUUAGAUAGUCGUGCGAUUGUUAGGGAGUGGUAGAUUUCCAGCUUUCCACAGCAGACCAGCCUCGUACCACUCCUAUUGGUGGCACAGGGGUUGCUUAUGGAAUUCGCUAUACACCACGUGUUGAUCGCUGGCUGGUCUCUCCUCUAGUCCUAGUACAUUAAGGCCGCACAUUUAGUCGUAGUGUGCUGAAGAACUCCAAGUUAGGUACACACUACUCAUGUUUGUCUCAGCUCCAGAGGAUUAUGGUCCAGCCAAUUAAUGUGACUGCUGCCAUUUGUUCUCCUGGCUCCCCACCCUUGGUGCUAAAUUUGUCUUAAUCUUCACAUACUCGCUAACGUUGAGGAUCACGUUUAUAGGCAGCUCUGCCUUGAUGUUGGUGUCAUAUAUCCUCAUUGGGCUCUCUCGUUGAAGAUUGUAAACUCUCGCCAUGUGCUUUUUGUGCUGAUCGAUCACUUCUGAAAACAACAUCCUAUUAUAUCCAUAAACCUGGCUCCCAGACUCCAAUGACCUUAGAGAGUGCCUGACUAGUUCACAAAGUGAAAAAACACGAACAAACAUUCUUAUCAUCUUAAUAUCAGUCUACGAGUUCUAACAGGUUAAAGGUCCUAUUGUUAUUUCUCGUAUUGAAAACCUUUAACCCUGUCUUGAGUACGCACCUCUGUAUGCAGAAAAGAAUUUUUUUACCCCGAUAAAACUUCUGGCACCCAGGGUAGGAGCUGUUAGACUCAGGUCAAAGCAUGAAUUUCUUUGGGAGACGAACCAAAUUGCGCUUGGAAUUGACCUGAACUGAGUUUGUUUGACUUGCUGGAGACGUCAAUUUUGCCGUUACUUUGGAUCCACUGAAAUGUUCUGCUCUGGCUAAAGCGGCUGAAUAGAUCAUGUUUUACCACCUUAUUCAACUACUUGACUGCGGCAACAAAAGCUUGCCCGUUAUACGAAUAAAUCUUUCUGGGGUGGCCUUUUGUUGUGAGGAACCAGUUGAGAUGCUUGAUGAACUCUUCAGCUGUUCGGUUUUGCAGCAACUUGAGUGGACAGCUCUGUUUAAGCUGGAAGCAAGUAACAAAAUAUAUGCUUUUCCCUCUUUCUUUGUCUUGAGUUUGUAUCCUAUAGGUCCUGAAAAGUCCAGGCCAACUACGUAGAAAUGAGCUAAUCGUUCUGUCCUCUCUGUUGGCGAUUUUCCAGCUGGUGGGUUUGAGAAAGCAGUAACUUGGAAUUUCUUGCACCCAUGGCAUCCUCUGAUAACUGUCUUUGUGAGCUGUCUUAGCCGUGGCACCCAAUGUUGUUGAGAAACAGAACUGAUGGAAAGGCUCACUCCCCCUUGAAGGCUUUGCACAUGUUUAUCAUGGACAAUUUUCUCGCUAAACAAGGCAAUUAGAAAGGGGCUAAUCCUUCUGUCCUGUCUGUUGGCAAUUUUCCAGCUGGUGGGUUUGAGAAAGCGUUAACUUGGAAUAUCUUACACCCAUAGCAUCUUCUGAUAAUUCUCUUUGUGAGCUGUCUUACGCGAGAAAUCAAUAUUGUUGACGAACAAAACUCAUCUUUAGUCGCACUUCCCAUGAAGACUUAGCACAUGUUUAUCAUUGGCAAUUGUCUCUGUUAACAAGGCAUCUGGUGGUAAGUAGAUAGGGUAGCUUCACUGGGUUUUUCCUCUACACUCGUACAGACCCUCUUCAUUCUUCUGCAAAUUAAGUUUGAGCUAAUCUUCAUGGAACGUGUCUGUAUUUAACCUGCUGUUUUUGAGCUCUUCCUACCUCGAAUUUCACUUGCUUGUCAGUCCCGCGUGUGGUCAUUGGACCUGACAACCUGUACUUCUUGGCUUUCUUACUGUUUUGGGUACAUCUUGUACGUCUUGCUACCCAUGCUGGAUAGGUAUUGUCUGCCAGAAUUUAUGUCUCUCUUAAACCUGGUGCAGGGUGUCCUUCAUUGCUGUGGCCCCAGCAAACACUUCCUUUACUACCUUGGCGUUUGCUUUUGUCUCUUUACUUGGCUUAGUUUGCACCACCUCUGGCCACAUUUCUGGUUUAGACAGCCAGUUUGGUCUAUUUAGCCAGAUUUUAAGACACUCUCUAGACAGGUUGCCUCUCCUCUGUUUCCGAAUACCUUCUGUUCACAUAGGCCGUGGCAUUAAUUUGAGCAACUCUAUUGGACACAAAUUGUUUUAAGCUCCCGUGACCAGUGAUCCAAUGCAGGACUUUCGUACUGUCUGUCCGUCCAUACAGAGAGCUCACUACAUAUCUUUCCAAAGCGCUUGCAUUGUCUUAAAUGUUGGCUGGCAUGUGAGCGGAAAUGAGGUCCAACCUUAGCAUGGUAAGUCCUUUCUUUCCAAACCCUACCUUUGCUCCUAAAAGACCCUGGUGCGUAUUGCAUUCUUGAUAUAUGGCCACGUACACUGCUGCCGCUGUGCCUUUCCCACUAGAGUCACAGAAUGUAUGCAGGUCUAAAGCUUGGACCAGUUCUUAAGCUUUAGUUAGACUGCGUGGGAAUUUAAGCUCACCAGGCCACUUCCCCUAAAAUUUCUCCCAUUGUGCUUUUAGUUCCUUGGAAAAAACAGCAUCCCAAGGAAGGUGUCAGUCACAUCCCUGUCUGAAAACCAUUUUCCCUACCAAGGUUAUAAGACGUGCUACCCCAAGAGGGUCAUAUUUCGAAGCUAAACUCCUUAGCACUUCUCUCUUUGUGGCUUCUUGUGAAACACCGGACAAGGUCGCAGCCAGAGUGUCUACCAUCUUAACCUAAGGAAUCCCGAGUAGUUUUGCUUUUUUGGUUUUCACCCCCAUCUGUUCCUUGGCGUAUGUCUUUAUAUCUUUUGUCAACUGAAUAUAUGUUUCCAGUUCUGGUACAUUAGAGUUCCGCUUAUGGAAUUCAAAAUGUGCCCUUUGAAAACCUCUGUUGCAGUUUCUUUCAGCUCAUGUACUUGAUGAACCGUAUCUUCCCCAGUGACGAUGUCAUCAAGACUUCUUAUGAUUUCCUCCACAUGCUUUGGCUAUUCAGUUCUUCAAGUUUGUAAAUGUUGUUGUAAGGUCCCUUUAAGAGGAAAUGCCGACUGCAGAAGUCCAAAUGAAGUCCGCUUGAACCUGAAAGUCUCAACUUGUGAAGAGUCUUUAGCCCUUAUCCAGUGAAAUCGAAAGGUGUCACGAUCUGCUUCUUUAAGCGGCACCUGCAAGAAGGCCUGCUUAAUAAUGUCUUCACACAAGGCAACUGGUUUGAGACGGUUCCUAACCAUCACACUCCAGAGCAAAUUUGUAGAGGUGGCCCAGUCUCAAAGCAAUCUUUCAUUGAAGGGCCACGUUGGUUUACCUUAGCUCAUGCAUCAAAGACAAUACGCAUUUUGGUACUCCGUGCUGCUUCUCUUAUGACUGCUUUGUGUAGGAGAUAACAUUCUCUUUCCCGUUGAGUCUCAUCGCUCACUCUCUCCACAAUACCUUGUUUCAGUUGGUUCUGGAUUAUUUUGUCAUACUCAUCUAGGUGACUGGGUACCUUCUGCAAUUUCUUGAUGAGGUUGGAUAGUCGUGCGAGGUUCCCUUUUUGAUUGUCGGGGGGGGGGGGGGGUGGGUGGAAAGCUUGCUUUCCGACGUAGGCCAUUGCCGCACCCCCCUUCGGGGGGGUGUAGCAGUUGCGGGGGGAAUUGGCUAUCCAUUAACUUUUGGCGGUCGCUUGUCCCUGCUCGCGUACCCAGUCAUCCAGUCUACACCAUACUUUAUUUCUUUUUUUUUUUGUCUUUUUUUGUACGUAUUAACUCUCUUUUUUUUGUUUUUCGUCCCCGUUCCCUUUCCUCCCAUUUCCUUUUUUUGUGUGUUUUUGUAUUUUUUUUUCCUUCUUUCUGUGGGUAGGGGGGUCCUUUUGCAAUUUUUUGGUGGGUGUGGGGGGGUGGGGGGGGUUUCUUUUUUGGUGGGGGGGGGGGGGGGGGGUUGGGUGGAAGUCUAGCUUUCCGCAGUAGACCAGUCUCGCACCACCCUUCAGGGUGGUGUACCAGUUGCUGUGGGAAUUGGCUAUACAUCAGCUGUUGAUCGUCCGCUGUCUGUGCUCGAGUCCCAGUUCAUCAAGGCUGCAUCAUAGUUUGAUGAAGAACUUGUAGUUAGGUACACAUUGCUUGGGUUUAUUGUAGCUCCAGGGGACGUUAUGGUCCAGCAAAGUGAUGUGAAUUCUGCUAUUGGUUCUCCUAGCCCCCCACCCUUGGUGCUAAAUUUGUCUUAAUCUUGACAUACUUGCUAGCCCCGAGGAUCACGUGUCGUGUAAAGGAAAUUCGGGCUGGCUUGAUGUCGGUGUCAUCAGACUCCACGCCCUUGAGGAGUUGGUACUUGGAGCUGAUAUCCACAUCGGGUUUAGGAUAGUUAGCAAAGUUCCGUUGUCCAUUUUACUCUGGGUAGUGGGCAAGCCCAUAACUCUUUCAAUGGUAGAGACUUGGACCUUGUACAUUUCUAUCUUCUGACUUGUCCAAGUUAUGAUCAUUUUGAUUCUCUUAUAUUUUCUUCGAUCUGGCUUUCUGUUCAGUUUGCUAAUAAGUGCUGCUGAUGCAUCGCAGCUUACAGCUUCUAUGUUCAAUAAAGCGCUACACCUUACUCCAUCCACCUCUACCACAACUACUGGGUAGUGCGCUCGACCUCCACCUAUUGCUACCAUCAGCUGGUUUGAAAGCUUAUCACAAUUUGAACUAUUGCGCUUCCCAUUACCCCUCCGGCAGGUAGUAGUGCAUCCAUAUUGCACCGAUCUAUGCCUAGUCCUAGUUCAGUUAAAACACACCUUUUUGUCUGACAAGUACCUUCUCCUGUCAGCUCCCCCAUUAAUCUUGUGACAGUCAACUGAUUUAUGUUCCGUAGACUUACAGUAAACAAACCCCCUAUGCUUAGUUUGAAGCAAUAGGUCUCUCUCUUUGUUACGUCUCUUAAGGUUGCAAACCAUGCGGAUCGAGUUCCUCUCGCACCCAUUUUCUUAAGGCUUCUACUAAUUGCGGAAACCUCCACUCCUGCCAGUUAUCAUCCAGCCUCACUAGAUCAGCUCUUAUACCUGAUAGUUUAGCUAGGGUAAGUCUAAGAUACCGUCCAAUAUCUUUUUUCUUACCUAUGGACUCUAAGGUUUGGAUACUUGUAACCAGUUUCUCAUAGAUCUCAUUAGUUCUUGUUGGGUUGGUUCCUGUGAUAACUGGCAGUCCCAUUAUGCACUGGAUGUGAACAGUAGCCACUUCUCUUGGCUUUGCGUAUUUGGUCAUGAGAAUGUUCUUAGCUGGUGUGUAUUCCUCACUGUUAAAGGGCAACCCAUCGAUGAGAGCUCUAACUCUUGAUACAACUAGUUCUUUUAAGUAUGAGAGAGUGGCAAGUUGAGCAAUGUCUGUUUUCCCUUUUGUCGCUUCAAACUGCCCCUAAAACCUUUGCUAAUGUAGGUUGGUCCCACGGAAGUUUGUUAUCACAAGUUUGGGUAGUUCGUUAUCUCAAGUCUCGCUUUGUCCUCUUUUUCCUGAUUUUUCUCUUGCUUCCUGUUGCCUGAACUUUUGUUCCAUCUCUUUAAAUUCUUUGACCACUUUUUCGUACUUGCCCAACUCUACUUGAAUUCCCGAACAUAUGUCAUCUUUACCCGAAAAUAUGUCAUCUUUAAUGACAUCUUGUUUGUCACCUCGUCCAAUUUUGAGUACCUUUAUAAUCGCUUUUAUUUCAUGGCAUUCCUCAGUUUUGCUCUCUGUAAAAUUGCCAUGCCUGAAUCGGUUUCAACAAAUCGCUUCGAACAAUCUUGUUUGUGGUUUUGUUUGUCAGCUGCAGGACUUUCAAUUUGUUUUGGAUUGUUUUCUCCUAAUUUUCGACGGUUGCCUCUGUUGUUGUCAUGAUUUCGUCCUGGCAGGGUCGCCAUUUUGUCUGAACCGUUUCUUCAGAUGAUAAACUCACGGUCGCUACGAUCAACUGAUCAACUUUGGAUGCGUGUUAUCCUUUCUCUAUUUCCGCUUGUAAGUGCCCCCAAAACCUUUGCCAAUCUAGGUGCAUCCCCUGGAAUUUCGCUAUCACAAGUUUGGCUAGUGUAAUAUUUAGUUUACCUGCAUCACUCUCCGUCUCGACGGUUUUCGCUUCUAAUUUCCUCUCGAUCUGAAGUCUCACUUUCUCCCUCUUUCCUGAGUUUCUUCUUGCUUCUUGUUCUCUUAACUUUUGUUCCAGUUCUUCUAAUUCUUCGACCGCUUUCUCGUACUUGCCCAACUCUGCUUGAAUACCCGAACUCCAGUCUUAAAUGACAUCCUCUUCGUCACGUUGGCUAGUUUUAAGGUCUUGUACAAUUGCUUUUGUUUCGUCUGAUUCCUCCUCUUUGCUCUGCAUAAACUUCCGUUGUCUUUAAGGUGGGUUUCAUCAAUUUGCUUCCAGUAAUCUUGUUUGUGUUCUAGUUGGUCAGCUGCCGUACUUUUAAUUUGUUUUGGAUUGUCUUCUCCUGAUUUUCGUCGGUUGCCGCUGUUGUUGUCAUGAUUUUGUGCUGGUAGGCUCGCCACUUUGUCGGAACUGUUACGCUCGCUACGAUCAAAAACAGAACUGUUUUAAUGCUUGUAACCCUCUCUUGGUAAAGAUUACAAACUCUCGCCAUGUGCUUUUUCUGCUGAUCGAUCACUUCUUGAAACGACAUCCUAUAAUAUCUAUAAAGCUGGCUCCCAGGUGACCGAUGACCUUAGAGAGCGUCUGACCAGUUCACAAAGUGAAAACACAGGAACAAACGUUAUUAACAUCCUAAUAUCAGUCUACGAAUUGUUACAGGUCAAAGGUUCAAUUGUGUGUUCUAGUACUGAAAUUCUUUUAUCCCGUCUUGAGUACCCCUCUGUACAGGAAAAACAUUUUCUUUUUUACCCCGAUUAAAAUUCUGGCACCCAGAGUAGGAGCUGUUAGACUCAGGUCAAAGCAUGAAUUUUUUUGUGAGACGAACUAAAUUGCACUUAGAAGCGACCUUAACUGAGUUUGUUUGACUUGUUGGAGACGUCAAACUUGAGAUAACUUUGGAUCCACAAAAACAUUCUACUCUGGCUGAAGCAGAUGAAUAGAACAUGUUUUACCACCCCAUUCAACCACUUCGCGGGGGCGACAAAAUUUUGCCCGUUAUACGAAUAAAUCUUCCUUGGGUGGCCUUUUCUGAUGAUGAACGGUUUGAGAUGCUUGAUGAACUCCUAAGCUGUUUGGCUUGGCAGCAACUCCAGGUGGACAGCUUUGGUUACGCUGCGAGCAAAUAACAAAAUAUAUGCCUUCGCUCUUUCUUUGUCUUCAUUUUGUAUACUUGGAAAGGGGUGAUCCUUCUGUCCUGUCUGUUUUCAAUUUUUCAGCUGGUGGGUGUGAGAAAGCGGUAACUUGGAAUUUCUUGCAUAGCAUCCAUUGACCUGUGCUUAAGUCUCUACACUGUUGGAAAGCUUUCCGUUGGAAACAAAAAUUCUGCCAGUUUGCAGCUGUUAGGUAUCAAAUGCGACAACAACAAUUACAACAACAACGUUAUUAAUAAACAUGUAAUAAUACAGAACCAUGUGUACAAAAUAUGAAAUAGGGAUAGCAAGGAUAAAGAAAGCCUAGGUAGUCGAACCCUUAUUGUCUUCUAGAAUCAGUUGUGGAUAUUUUAAUGUUUUUUUUUUAUUUUUCAGAGCAAUCACCAACUUGUGGACACGAAUGCCCAUGGCACCGAGAAAAUCGAGUCAUUUGCUGGUGAUUCCAAGUCGUUUGAUACUUACACGGAAGAAUGUUCAGGCAGCAUGACGCAGAAAGAUGUUCUGAUUAGAAAGCUGAAAGAUGACCUGGAGCACGCACGCAAACAGCAGCAACAAACUGCGAGGGAGUUAAGAGAUUCCGAGCUGUCUAUAGCGCGCCUUCAAGGGCAGAUUGGAAAACUAAGGGACGAGCAAUCGCUGAAACGGUCCGACGUAGCUGCCAAAGACCAUACUCUGCGAGCUAUGGAAAAACAGCACAUGGACAGCAAAGUUAAGGUUGGUUGACUCUAGGUUCUUUUUACUCGCUUCUAGGCUACGUCCACAAAAGACCGGACGAAUGUUUGACUAGUCGAAAAUUCUUUCGUUGAGGUGAUCCAUUCCCACGCAACCUCUUUAACCGUGCGAAAAUUUAGGUGCUUAGCUGUUCAAUGUUUCGUGUGAACAGAGCAAGAAUAUUGAUUGCUCCAUGUGAAUGAAGAGUCCAUUCAAAUUUUCAGCCGGUAGAAGACUUGUUCAGUGCCAUGUGAAGGUACAUGUAGCCCUAGUGUCUAUUAAUUUUGGGGUGUUAACUUAAAGGUAGCCUUAAACCCUGACCCAGCUACAGUUAGGGACAAAAGUGCUGGGACACUUCUAUAAAAAGGCCCCUUUUUGAAUAGUAGACAUAACCGUCCCCUCACCCUGUGUACCUCUACCCCUCCCUCCCCCCCAAAUCAUUUUUUUAUUUUAGACCUUCAAGUCUUUCUUUUACUACAACUAACUUUGAUUCGGGGGUGGGGGAUUUACGACGUUUAAAUAGAAUGAAGUAAUGAAUGAAAUUGCUGAUAAAAGCACCCGUCUUAGACAAGUGUGUCAACUAAGUUUGUCCCUGAUUGAAGGCCCUGGGUAUGAUCCAAGGUGAGAGACCUAUUGUUAGCUUCCUAUAUUUACCACUGGAAAGUUGUAAAGGGUUUCAAAAGAGGUUACAGUAUCAUAUUAACGUUAAUUUACCUCCGGCUGUGUUUAUUGAGUGGAAAGCAAAUGCCAGAAACAAAUAAAAUAAAUCAAGUUGAGACGGAAUCCAUCAGGAAAUUAAGUAAUUUUAAUCUUCAGUGGGCAAAAACCUUGUACCAUUGUACCAGAAUAUUUUAAGCCAUAUUACAUUACUUAUUGCACUUUUCAAGGGCUAUAGGUGUAAUUUGUUUUCUGUAAUAACACCAAAGACAAUUUCUCAUGGGAGCCCGAGAAAAUAAAUUUCAAAUAUCACAGGUAAAACUGAUUAAAAGACGGUAAAAUCAUCAUCCGUAAGAUUUCAUUUUGUGAAAUUUGAAGCUUUUGAAGUUUGUUUUUAUAUAACGCAUAAUGAUCCAGUUUUUUCUUGUGCCUGCGACGCAGUCUAGGAACGAUCGUGUGCUUCAGUUUCUGAUCUUAUUUCCUUUUGUUUGUUUGUCGUGUUUUUUUCAGGUGGCGAGACUUCAAGAAGAAAAUCGUGAACUUAAGAGCAAGAUUCAGUCGUUAACAGACUCCAGCGGCGGGAUCCCUCUUGAUCUGUCUCGCGAGUUUGAGCAGAGAGUGAAGCGGCUGGAGGCUGAACUGGAAGUUGUCGAGGAUCAGCGACGUAAAGCUACACAGGAGGUGGUAAAACUACAGAGUCAGCUUAGCGAAAGCCAACACGCUGCCAGGGGGCACAAAGAAGUUCUAGUUAGCGAGGUUAGUUGCAGUCCUUGUGCGCUUUCCAUUCAACAAAAAUUCCGGUUUUAAAUUUUGUAUUUUCUACAUGAUUAUUGGAACGCUACAUUCCGGUUGUAUAGACCCGAUCCAAGCCACCGCGCGUUUGGUUAUUAUACUUGAAGGCGGGAUACAGAAGAGCGAUACUGGAACAACAAUUUUGUCAAAUGGAAAGGGAAAUUUCGGUGCUACCAAGGACCAUCAAAUAUUCCGGUCGAACCGAACCGAAAUGGUCCGUUUCAUUUGGUUUCUAAUUGAAAUUUCCGGCGUUUUGGGCUGAAUGGCAAGCAUCCCUUGUUAAAUCGAAUAGCCACUGAUCUAAGCAGGCAGUAGUUAAGUGUGGCAUAAACUGUGGACAGGCACUCUUGUGUGGAGAUGACUGUUCUCAUGCUGCGAAGUCCCAAGACGUGCUUUGCGUCGGCUCCUCCGCCGCCUAUAUAAUAGCGCAAAACCCAACGCUAAACCUAAAUAAGAGAGGAGCUUGAAACUUCAUGUAUUUUGCGAAGCUUCAAACUGGAAACAAGCCGGAGGUAGUCUGUUCAUAGAACUUCUAUUUUCUCUUGUUCUCGCGCUUCUGUGCUAGCCAAAUUCCUUACAAAAGUAUAAUGGAAGAGAAAAAGAAACGUCAGUGGAUAGACUUUGGGCGAGGCGAAAAGGGUAUUCCUCGCCUCGCUCUCCACGCUGUUCUCAGACUGUCGGGGCCUCAACUACAUCCCCGCCUCGCAUCCUUCAGUGCAGGCCAUCGCCAGAUAAAGGCACGGUAACCUAAAAGGCCUGGGGACGAGGUUUGAGCUGGAGGAAAAGGCGGGAAAAUUUUCACUUUUUUUACUUAACUACUACCUAAAAGCAUAGCAAGAACUGCAAAAAUGUACCCUGCGCCACAGACGAGACUAAACUCUAGUUAAGUCCGUCUGCGAACCAGCGCCUAAAUUCUGGGUCUGGGCCCCCACCUGUGUACCAGGAUGUGAGUAUGCGCUAUGAUUGGCUUGUUAAAAAGUCAUUGUCGACUUGCCUAUCAGGACGAAAGGAAAUUCGAAACCCAUUUCCGGUAAUUCGUUGAGUCCGCUGGGUGCCCAAAACAAGGAUGCGGGCGCUGGUUCGCAGACGUUACUUACCGAGGUUAAAGACGUCUGUGACGCAGGUUAGAAAAAUGGAACUCCACGGAUGACAACUGCUAUUUGAUUUCGUAUUCCAAAGAAUUAUGCAGAUCGACGAGGGUGCUCUCCGCCGCGUUCGCCUUCGGCCUCGGUGGGUAACACCCUCGUCGUUGAAUAGACCUCUAACUUUCACGCCCUGCUGUCUUGCGUCCGUCCUUCUAGUGGCAUUUUAACCUAGGGCGGACUGAUUCGUGACACCUAAUAAAACAAGUACUUCCAGUGAAAUUACAAGAUAAGCCACCUUUUUUCUUUGGUUUCAGUUGACAUCAAGAGAUUCAGAGCUGGAUAAUUUGAAAGACAGAUACAACACUGCCCUUAAAGAGGUAAGCUGUUAUCGUGUCUUGGAAUAAACUCUUCUUCUGACAGUUUUUGUGAAAACCAGGUGUAAAGCGGGCGUCAAAAACGUCCCAGUGGAUAACCCAAUAUCUCGAAAAGGCACUUUUGUCCGUCGCUAAAACCCAAUGAACCUUUUUCGCGCCUGCGAAAAGUCAACCACAUGUCGAUUAGUCGUCUUCGAGCCCCAUUUAUAAUCUUUCUCGCAAUUUUAAACUCCAUUACGUUCAUAUUUCCUCAAACUUGCGUUUCUGCGACUUUUUUGGGUUGCAAAUACAUGCAGAGUGAUGCCUCUAAUUCUCAAAUUAUUUUCAGUCUGGUGAUUGUUUUCUAUGCCAAACUCCCCCGUCCCCCCACCCCCCUCGUGUUAUCUCCUCUGCAAGAUUAAACGGAAUAUUGCAUCUAGGUUACCACUCAUCCCUUGUUUUCAGAUUCAGGAAUACGAAAAGGAGAUUCGUCAGCUAAGAACAGAUCAUGCCAACGCCAGUUACGAGGUAGGUAUUUGUCAAUCAUGUCAUACCAGUACAAACUAAGCAUACCCCACUUCAAGAAAAGUGUAGGGAUAAUAGUCAGAACCAUUGGGCGUAGUGAUUUUUGGGAUUGUUUGGGCGGACAAGCGUAAGUUAUGAUUGUUUGUUGGUAGUCAAGGCAACCAUUAACCAAUCAUACUUAACACCUGUCCACCCAAAUUAUCCCAGAAAUCGUUGCGCCGAAAGCUUAUACUCAUAGCACUGUUUGCAAACAAUGUUUUUGUUAUUCAAAUUUGUAACAAGUGAAACAAAAGAAUGUUUUGUUUCUAGAACCAAUGCGCUUCUGGUUGGGACAUUAAUGUCAUAUAGAUGACGCAAGCUUGAGUAUCGGUAUAGUUCAUUCCGGAAUGAACAAUUCAUAGAUGGUUCAAACUUUUAAGUAUAAUAAAACAGUAAAUUAAGUAACGAACUAAUUAAUAUUCUAAUUGUAUGUUAUUCUUAUUUUAGUGUAACGGAAAAAUGUUGGCCAUAAAAUGAAACUAUAUUUUCGUUUUUUUUAUUUUAUUAUUAUUUUUUUUUUUUUUCGGCGAACGCACUUAGUAAAAAAGGCAAUGCACUAUUUCACAUGUGCCACGAUACUUUCGGUGAAUUUCAAUUGUCUCUUAAACUAAAGAUCAUUAAUCAAAUUCAACAUACACAGAAAUACAGUGAACCUUUGGUCAGAACUCGAGCGAGAGACAUGAACAAGACACCAAACGCUGGAAAAUUGUGUCACGUUUCUGAUUGGUUUAAAAGUGGCGCUUAAUCUUUUAGCCAAUCACCGAGCAGAGACAAGGAGGACCAAAAUGAUGACAAAUUGGACCAACUUUUUCAAGUUAAAAUACUAUGCCUACAAAAAUCAGCAAACAAUUGUUAUGAUUAGUGUUCAUUGAUGAAAUUUGUCCGAUAUCUUCUUCCAAACUCAACAGGAGCAUUUUGUGUGAGGUUAAAGAUACUAAAAAAUGACUUUAACACCGAGAGAUUGACCUAAAACAUCAGUAUCCUCGUGACGUACCUUAUGGCAGCUCCCCCCCUCCUCUCAGGAAAAAAUCGGAGAAGGCCCCUUCUCGCCCCUUGAGACUAAAGAGGACUUCCCUACCCCCCUCCAGACAUGUGUCCGAUGAGCACUGCAUCAAGGAAAUUGAGAUUAAAUGAAAAAUUCGACCUCUUUUUAUUUCAGGUGUAUGUCGUUGACCUUCCACUACAAUUCAGGUGUCGCGAGCAGGUUUCUCGCUCAGAAGAAGAAUGUAGAGCGGCACAAAGGGAACUGAAGCGACUGCAAAUGGACGCUGAUGAUCAGAGAGAUGCGCUUGCUAACGAGGUAAGCUGUACCAAAAACAACAACAAUAAUGUUCAUUUUCCCUUAAAUUUUUAUUUACAAUAGCCUCGAGAGCAAAAAGUGGAGUUAGGGGGAGGGCAGAAGAAAGAAACUUUCUUUCCCCUGCCCCUCCCCCUUCUUUUUUUUUUUGCUCUCGUUUCAGCUUAAGCGCAUUGACUCGAGUGGAAACGCUUGCCACGCAGGCUUUAUUUACAAAAGUGCAUGGGCCCGUAGGUUGCUAGUCUAAUCUUGGCGGGCCAGUCAAUUUACGUGUAGAGAAUAAUUCUGUUCUUUUAUGUACAUGUUUGUCUAUAUAUAACGGAUUAUACAAAGAGAGAAAGAACUUACAGCAUACUCUAAAUCUCGUCUCGUUCUCCUUUUAGUGUGAUUUACUUUAACGCCCAUUUAACAAAUGAAUUGGUAUCAAUUGUUAAAACAAUUUAACUAAAAACUAGACGCCCGCGCGUUCUCAAGUCCUUGCAAUCAAAACAGAAAAGUAAUAAAACUUAUACCAAACUAUAGAUCGAUAGCAGAAUAUUUCGACCAUUUGCACUGCAGUUUUCUUAUUUCCUAAGCAUAGUUUCUCGUUUUAGGUUGCAGAAAGGCAUGAUGUUAUCUUGAAGUUGAGGUCAGAAGUAUCUUCCUUGGACGAUAAACACCGAGAGGCUGUUGCCCAGGUAACACUUGAUUGAAGUCAAAGUAAAUGCAAAAAUUUAGCAGCCUGUUCGUUUGAAGAUAUUUUUUAUUUCCUUUCUUGGUUCUUUAUUUUCCCUUCAGGCCAGCUGGAGAGAUGAAGGACUGUUUUAGGGGUCCAAUUUCUCCUAUUUGCAGAAUCAUUUGCAAAUGAGCAAGAACAAUAGAUUUUGCUAAUUAGCACUUAGAUUUUUCCAGGUGUUUAGUACAGUUGCUUGUUGCAGAGUUACUUUGAUAUGUAUAACCUUCAAAUUUCGAGAUGAAGCAAAAUAAAGGCACGACUUUGCGUCGCCCUCUCGGGCCAGGUCCCCCCGCGCGAGCCUAAUCCAAAUCGAGGCUGAAUGUUGAAAAUUGCUCAAAGUAAAAUUUUGAAAGUUUUAAAAAUAACUCUUCCGAAUAUAUGCACCCACACUGGUAACAGUAAAUUGAUAUAGUCUCUCUGAGUAAAAAUCCCCCAGGGGGUUAUAUUAGAGAUCGGUCCUCAAGUAAAAAAAAAAAUUCAUUGUUGUAGAAACUAUCACCGACGAGCCCGGAUGAGAAUUUGUAAAAUAAAUUUCCAUAGAUUUGCAACAACCUUAUGAUCUACAAUAUGAACUAUAAACUGACGUAUUAGCUAUAAAUCUGGUUUACCAUAUGUUGAAUGGUUCCUGAUCUCUCGUCUUUGCUAUCGUUGACUAUUACUGUUGUUAUUGUUUUGCCAUUUAUGAGGUACGGUACUUUGUUUUCAAUAAAAUUAUUGCUGGUCUGUUAGAAAUCAUGCCCCAAUAUUAAACAAUUAUUGGAUGAGGUUUUGAUAAUACCCGGAAUAAUCCCACUUACCGGGACCUUGGUUAUUCCGGACGCAAAAAAAAACAAUCUAACCCUAAUAACUUUUUUUUUUUUAAUUAAAUACAUUAUUUUCAAGAAAAUAAAAAACACAAUGUCACACGAAAGACAGUUUAACAUUGCGCUUGGAAAUCAUGGAUUGUGCGCGCAACCUACAGAUUUGUCAGCUAUCUGCUAGCAGAUAACCAGCUAAUCUGUAGGUUACACUGAUUUCUAAAAUUAACUACAAGCUCUUAGCAAAUGAGAAGGACGAUAGUGAGUACAAUAUUAUGUGAUAAAAUUUACGCUUUGAAGAUUACUGACACAAAUAUCCUCCCGAUUUUAAAACGCAAAUAUUCUUCCUCCCUUGAAAAUAUAAGCCCCAGGGACUGUUUUGACUCUUCUGUAGAAAGUAUGUUAUAAGAAAGACUGCAAAGUGGUCUAUUUAUUGUCGUUGCAAAGGCCCAGUUUUACUUUAAAUUCUGCGCUUGAUUUAUCACAGACCAUUACGUUUCAACGCCCCAGCCGCCAUUAUCAUUCUGAACAUAAUAGUUCUAUUGUCGAGUCCGCGUCGCUUUGGGAAAUUUAUUGUUUCUAAUUUUUAAUGGCCGAGAGAACAUCUGUAUUGUUUGCAUAAUUUUCUGCACCGAGAUAGCGUCCCUUGAAACGCGUAUCAGCGGACUUCGAAGUUUGCGGAAGGAUUGUCGGGUUUUGUUUGUUUGUUCCCUGUGAGUUGGCUAAGCUGUAAUGGUGUUUUAAACUGGUUUGUUUUUUCUCUUUUGAAAAGGCCGUGAUAGAGAAAAGCAAGGUAUUUUAUUAAUUUAUCCGUCCGUUCACUCUGGUGAUUGCGACCGCGACCGCGACCACGACUUUGAGAAGUCUAAAUAGAACUGUAAACAAACUUUCUUUGAAGGUUCUUGCAGUCAAGUAGUUUUCUCAUUUGGCCCAGCUAUGUGAUAAGUUUGUCUCUAACAUGGAUGUUUUGUAUUGAUGGUUUGUACAAGAAUAGCGACCCUAAUAUCAUUGACAGGCAAACGCUAGUAGACUAAAGAUUUGCAAAAGAUAAUGUUGUGUCAGCUGUUGCAUUGUUGAUUGAAAAGUUCUUCAUGGUUCUUCGUCAAUCAAGCAGAUGUAACAUUUGUCAUAAUUUUUCUUUCAAGUAUACGAUGUUUGUAACAAGUGUUUAUUAUAUUUUACAGCUAUCUCAUCGAAAUAAUGUGAUUCAGAAACUGCGGAACCAAAACAAAGAAAUGACAGAUACGGUAUGACUUAUUCUAUUUUUAUUUGGUUAACGUUCUAAUAACGAACAACAAAGAUUGAAUGGGAUUUUUAUGUUUACAGACCAGUCACUUGUUUGUCAUUUAUCUGUAAUUAUUCUUUAUAUUUAGCAUGCACUCGAUUGUAAAUACAGUUGACGCUUUUUAAUUCUUUCGAUUUGUCCAUAGUGACAAUUGCAUUACAAUUCUAGGAUUUGCAAUUUAAAUACUAAUCCUUCACUUCUCUUAAACAAGCUUGAAAUGCGUAACAUCCAAUACGAUAUUCAUUGAACCCUACAUUCACCAGUGAUACAAGAGUUUACGUAAACUUCACCUCUGUAAAGUUCACGGAAGUUAAAUUCUGUUCCUUUUCUUAGGAUGGUUUAAACUCUAGUUGGUAUAAUUUAAAAAUGGUGUUUUAUGUUUUUUAGAUCGAGGAAUACAGCCGCAAACAAGCAGAGCUUGAGAGUAAACUUAAUGUCACUACUAAAAGAGUAAGUGAUUAUAAGAAAUCAGAAAUUCUACAGCCAUUUUGUCAAGGGGCGGUGGAGAACUGGGGCGAAGCGCUUGUAACGAGGGAGGUGAUUGUGUCGAAGCUGAUUCUGUUAUCCUUGUUUUUGUAGCUCUCCGACUUGGAAAAUCGCUUAGAGCGGAGUCAAAUCAGCAGCUUGGAAAAGUCAGAUCAUCUGGGAAAAGUGGUAGAGUAUAUAAACAGCAACCUCUUAAGACAGAUUUACAUGCCGUUGCCACGAUGGCAGCAUACCGCGCAGGGCUUUUCCCGUCCCAGUUUACAAGGAGAAAGCACUGACAACGAGGUUGCAACGGUCGGUUAAGCAACUAGCCUCCAACGCAGACAUUUUUAGGGCUCUGUAACGCAACGUGAGCCGGGAGUGCAUGAGCUAUGAACGUCUGCAUGGGAGGCAAUCAUACAGUCGAACCUCCGUAGUAAGGUCACUAAAUGAACAAAGUCAAGUGGUCGUAUUAUUAAUGUAGAGAUUGGAGAGAUUCGGCUGUUUAGAAUUGCAGACUCUCAGGGAUUGUUAUCGUUCCGAUCACUGAAAAGUGGUUUAUUUGCAACUUUUACGACGUUUAGACUUUCUGUCAGCGACCCUCUGGGUGCUAUUCCUUAUCUGUAGUUUUUCAGGCUUUCUUUUCGCAACUGUAUAACUUGCGUCUUAACCUGCAUUGAUCUCCCUUGCAUUUUUCUUCAGUCCGCGGUUCCAAUAUAUGAAUUUCACAUAUCAUUCAUUACAUUUACGGUUUUGUUUCACAGGUUGAAGGCAAAGACUCAGAAUUGCGUGAACUGAAGUCCAAGCUAUCAAGUCUGCAAGAUCAGCAUGAACAAGCCCAGUCUAAGGUGCGAGCCCAUUUCCGCCUUUUUUCUUUUGUAAGCACGCCUUGCUGUUACCGUGGUGUAUGGAGACCCAACUGAGAUGGGGUCAUAACUCUUACGUUCGACAUAAAGAUUUACGAAAAAGACCCCUGUCUUUCGUGGUCACUCUUUCUUGCAACUUGGGAAUAUUUUUAAUAGACGUUUUUACCGAUACGGCGGCAAUAUUGAAUUAAUUCGAUUUAAGGAGUAUUAUAGGAUGCCUAGGGGGCAUGAGCACAUUUCGUUUGUAUUUUCGAGCGCUUUUCGGGGCAUCUUUUCUUAAACUUUUGUUAGAAUAAGAUUGUAAUGGGAAAAAAGAUCCUUGUGCCGAGGUUAGAUGUAAUAAUGAUCGCCUUUUUCUAGUUUAGUAUUAGAAAUAUGGUGUUUCACUGUAUAUUUCUCGGGAAAAAGGCGAUCAUUAAUUAUUACAUCAAAACACGGCACAAGGAUCUUUUUUCCCAUUACAAUCUUAUUCUAACAAAACUUUAAGAAAAAAUGCCCCGAAAAGCGCUCGAAAAUACGAACGAAAUGUGCUCAUGCCCCCUGGGCAUCCUAUAAAACUCCUUAAAUCGAAUUAAUUCAAUAUGGCCGCCGUAUCGGUAAAAAGGUCUAUUCCCCACUUCAUAAAUUUCAGGGAGAAUGGGUACAAACUUUAGGCGCAAUGAUUUCUGGGAUCUUUAGGGUAGACAAGCGUUAGUUAUGAUUGGCCGAUGACCGAUGGUAUUCAAGGCGACCAUGAACCAAUCAUUUGUAAAGCUUGUCCACCCAGAUUCCAGACAUCGUUGCGCUGAAAGCUUGAACUCGUUGAUUCCCCUUAUAAUUUCUGGAGUUGGGAAUUCCGUCUUUAAGGAUCAUAGCUUUCUGUUGACGAGGCCGUCGUGUAACUUGACGUGUUACUUAAAAUCGUUUAAAAAACAACAACCAACCAACCAUUGUAUUUGCUAACUUAAAUAACGUUUACAAAAAUAGAACUGCCCAGAAUAACAGUGAACAAAACUGGAGCCAUACCGCUAUUACUGUGUCUUUUGUAGCCUUAAGAAUCUGUAAUGCUGUUUUUGUUGGUUUAUUGUGUUUGAUUGUCCGUUUUGCCUUAAUGAGAAAAAAAGGAAACAGAUAUCGCUUGUUCAUUUUGCGACAUUCCUCGACGCUACCUCUGGUUUCCCCGCGAAAUGACGUCCGAGAAACGACUUCAGAAAUUCCAUGCUGAUGACAUGUUACUACCCAGAUCUGGGUUGUGCUUCUGAUUGGUUGGCCGCUAGAGAAAUUUGCCUCAACCAAUGAGAAGUACUAUUCAGAUCUGGGUAGUGACUCGUCAUCAGUAUAUAAUUUCUGCAGUCGUUUCUCAGACGUCAUUUCGCGGUGAAACCAGUUGUGACGUCGCGAAAUGUCGGCUUAUUUCUCAGGAUUGUUCAUAGCAAUUAAACAGCAAGAUGUAAGCUGGGUGGCAAACGCUUUGAUAUGAAAAUAAUCUUAUGACGUGACUUUUCAUGUGUAUUUUUAUUUCAAGAUAAAGUUAUUCGUUUACACCCUUAAUCAAAUUUCCUGGAAUUGAGUCCAUAGCGUUGCAGUUGUUUUUCCAUAUUACUGAAAUAAAUAAAAGAAACUGAGUUACUUAUGCAUUUCCCUUUUGUGUUUAAAGGUAUCUCACCGCGAAGAAGCCCUUCAAAGGCUACAAGUUCAACAAAAAGACUUUGUCGAGGAGGUAAAUAUUAAUCAUUAUCUUCUAGUCAUUGUCUUGUCUUUUACAGGCUGUCACUAAGAUUUGAAGUUGUUGAGUAAAUACAACAAGUACUGUAGAGCCGGUGGCCGGAGGGUGAAACAGUUAGGGAUUUCUUUUGAAUCUCUUGUUCUUCUAUUUUUCAAUGCAAGUAGCCGGGGGAAAUCCAUGGCCCUCGGCCCUUAAUGACAGCCCCGCUUCCACGUAACUUUUACACGGGUCUUAAAGCCGUUGUCAGGCAGGGAUGGGAGGUCAUCUUCAUACCUGUUCAUGAAGGGUACCGUAAAUCCUCUCAAACCCAGUUGAAGGGGGGGGGGGGGGGGGGGGUAAUGGGGACGGGGGGGUUUUUUAUUUUGGGGAAGAGAGGGUGAUAGGUGUUCUGAAAAAACUUCAAAAAAAAAUGGGAAAAAAACAAGAAAAGGGUGGGGGAACACGCGGCGAGGGGCACAAAAGGAGAGUUGAGAGGAGGGUAGGAACCGAGGUGGACGAGGGGGGUGGGGGGGGGGGGGAGGGGGGGUAUUAAUUGGGAACGGGGGCUUAUUUAAUUUGGAGAAGACGAUGGUAUCAGUUCUCGAUAAAGAUCUACAAUACAAUCUGGAAAAGCUCAAGUACAAGGUUGGAGAUCACGCAGCCGAGGAUCACAAUGAAAUCCGAACUUCCAGUUGGUAUAUAACCAUCCCGGAUCAGUCCGCACGAAGGUUAUAGUCGUGAUUGAUUAAUACAUAUUGGUAUCAAAGGUCCUCGUGGUAUCCGUUCAGUUUUUGUCCGUUUAGAUGGUUCAUAAUCUUCCUUUAAAGGUUAUUAUCGCUGUUGCUGCUUAUAUGUGCUUUUUUAUUCACCUCACUUUCUUUUUCGUUUCUCAGGUUGCUCGUCGCGAGAAAGCCAUUCAAAAACUCGAACUUGAGCUUUUAACAGCUCAAGAAAACCAUCGAAGGGCGCUUGAUGACGUAAGAAAUCGUUUCAUUUUUAACAUAGACUUACGUAGAAUUGUUUAUGAUUAUUAUGGUGAUGAUGAAGACGACGACGACGACGAUGAUGAUGAUGAUGAUGAUGAUGAUGAUGAUGAUGAUAACGAUUAUUAUUAUUAUUUGUGGUUGACAGAUCACUAGACGUGACGACACGAUUCAGCAGUUGGAGGGAGAUUUGGAAACGAGUAGAAAACAACUCAAAGAUGCGAUUGAAGAGGUAAACUUCCGAAGUCGAAGAGCUGUAGUAUUACAGACUUCAAAGUUCAUUUGAUGAUCAACUGCUAUUAACCCAUAAGAAAAGCUCGCAUUUGGUUUCAAACCCACCCCUUUACUUACACAUAUAUCUUAUUCCCUCUAGAAAGGAAGGCUGGAAGCAAAGGUUCAAGCUUACAAAAUUUCCACCCAGAGCGAGCAGGACGUUCUUGCAGAAGAGGUUUGUUGUUUCUCGUCUUUCCUUUCUUUGCGUUCCUUUCUCCAAACCUGCAGCAAACUUACGUUUGGAAGCCUUCAGUCCCCUCCUCUGUUCACUUCUUUUCUUCUCUAUCGCUCGCGUUUUCCUUUUCCUGUUAAUAAAUUGAAUUCUAAUGCUUUGCCCUUCCAGGUCGCCAAACGAGAAGAAGCUAUUCAUAAACUUAAGAUUGAGAAGUUAGCCCUUCAAGAACAGCAACAAAAGGCUGAAGACAAUGUAAACAUUUGAUUUUUGUCAGAACAUUACAUGUAGCUAUGGGAUUUUUCUACGUUUGUACAAGUCUAAUCAGCUUAUUCAUUUAUUGUUUGGUCUCAAUUUGGACACGGUCGAGUUUACAGAGCAUAUUAAAUACCGUAGUCCCCGAUUAACGUUGGUUUACAUUGCGUCACUAAUUUUAACUAAAAGGGCCUUCAGUUAACGUUUCUACCAUUAACAAACUUUUAUAAAAGGUUUUGGGUUAAUUGUUUAAAUCACAAGCUCUAGAAGGUGCCACUGUCCAGUUUUAUACAGUCAAACUUGCCAAAUUCUCUAGUUUUAUCAGUUUUUAAUCGUUUACCAUUUUCGUCGAAAAUGACACAAAGGACCCAAGCGUGGUCAAAUAACCUAGGGAUAAUUUUUCUUUUUUUUAGGUUCGAGAACAUGAACGCUCUGUAGAACGACUUCGACAGCAGUAUGAAGAUUGCCUUCAAGAUGUAAGUACAAAACUAUAGAUAAGGCCAAGCUGAAUGACAUGAAGUCCAAAUCUGAAGAAUACACUGAUAAGGUCUCACGUCGCUUUUUUAUUCUUUUCUGCUUUUCUUCUUCGCAAUGGUAGCUUCCGGUUCCAGGGCUUGCUCGUAUGGCCGAAAAAAACAAGAAGCGCAAGGUGUCAUGGGAAACCAUUAACAGGGGAAAACCGGAAAAUCCAGUUGGAAAAUCAAUGGUUCGCUUCAUUCCGUUUAGAACUAACUUCAAAAAUCGUGGACUGUGAUUUAACGCGAUGCAAUUUUCUGCUCUCUUUAGUCUGUUCAGCUGAUUUGGAUUUACUUUGUAGCGAGUCAUUCUCCCAAUGCGUCAAAUGUCAUGUUUUUGCACAAGAUUUCCACCCGGGUGGUUUGUGUAAAUGGUAAGCACCCCCAGGACACCUCGCGCACCUCCGCGCCGGGCGCAAUCUAGGAAUAAGCAGGGACGCCUGGAAACGAAGUCGCCGGUCCAGAGACCGCUUAUAAAACUCUCUAGUGGUUUGACCAUCCCUGACUUCACGGCCAGUGUUCUCUAGAGCUAGAGAAGUUCCACCAAAUAGACGUUAGCGUGUUUUACCAAAGUCCGAAUGUCAUUUACGUCAGUCUAAAUCUAAAUUUCUCUGGGUUUCUCAAGUUCCAGAGCAUGCGACCCAGUUGGCCUGAACUUAACGAGCAGUGUUAAAUUGAAUCUGAAUUGUGAUGGCUACUCAGAAAAAUAGCACGAUUUAAGCUAAAAAAAAAACUACAGCAUUUGGAGGGGUGCUUAGUGUUUAGAAUCAUUUUAGGUAGGUUUCUAUAAACAGUUGGGGGCUGAGUGAUAUUUUAUUUCUUUAUUAUUGUUAUUAUUGUCUUUAUAAUUUUAGCAAAUUGACUUGCUUGGAUUUUGUCCCUUAGCUCGAACAUUACGAAGACAGCAUCCGGGAACUUAACCUGAAAAUGACGUCACUACAAGGUGACCGGGAUCAGAAAGAGCACGAGGUAAGCUAGUCGCCUUUUUUUGUUGUUGUUUUUGCUCCCGCGCUUUGCACGUGUCACUCAUCCUGAAUAUUUAAGUAGAAAAAUGCGUUUAUCUUGAACGUUUUUCUUAGUCUGAUUUCGUAACGAUCUUGAUUUUUCAGAGGCAAAUGUCACAGAACCUUUUUCAAUUGAAAUAGCCCACUUUUGGUAUAUUAAGAUUCUAAGAUGACUCCGUGAUUUAGGGUCAAAAUUGCAAAUUUUUCACGACUCCAUUGUCUCGCAAUUACCAAAAGAGACUUUAGCUCAAAGAAAACCAAACCAUAUAUAGAAAAAUGUCCAGAAAGCCUCGGAGUCAUAUCGAACGUGGGCUAUUGUAAAGCCCCAGGGAAAAAAAAAUUACCCAGUAUACGCUCGAUCGUGGCCUCUUGAAUUUAUACUUUUAUACUCUCAAGGAGCCCAAUAUUUAUAACCCUCAUGGUUUGUUUUUGGGUUUCCUCACUGAAAAACCGUAGGUGAUUUGAACAAUUCCUUUUCAAAUUGUGUCGUUGUUUUUGUUUGUUUUUGGGUUUCCUCAGCACAUUUAUUUGCCUCCGUUUUCCAGUAUUCUUGUCCUUUGUUUUUGUGGUAAAAAUAAACUAAAAAAACUGAAAACCAUAGGUGAUUUGAAACAAUUCCUUUUCAAAUUUUGUUGUUGUUGUUGUUGUUUAUUUGCUUGUUGGAUUGAUCGAUUGUUUGAUUGAUUGAUUUUACAAAGCCAACAAAACUUUAUUGGAUAUAACUUCCCAACCUACGGAACCUUGAAUCUUCUUCGUAGGUUUUCGCAAUCUUUUUAGCCAUCUGGAUAUCCUGGCCGCAUUAUUAGAAACAAAACGUGUGCAUUGAUAUAUUAUAUUAUUACUUGUUAUGUAGGCUAACAUGAAAGAGGAUAUCAUUCAGAAUCUGGCUUCAGAGAUGGACGAGUUACAAGAACAACACAGAGAUGUUUUGGCCAAGGUAGUAUCCUCGCAUUGUCUCUAUAGUUACAAAUCACAAGUACAAGUGUGUUUUUUAGCUGAGUGCGUAGACCCGAAAUCGAUGAAAUAACGCUGGCCAGUCAAAGUAGAUGGAGACAAGCGAAUGAACCAAUCAGAUCUCGAAACACUUGAACCUGACACCAAGCGCGGGAAAGCGCUUGCGAAGAAGUUGCCAUUGGUUUUGGUUUAAUUCUUGAUUAGUUGAAAACUGAUUGGUACGGAAAUGUUGAGUCAAUCAAAACGAAAACAAUCACAAAAUUAUGUUCAAUAUUUAACUUUUCGAAAAAACUGAAAUUCUUUGUCUUAAUUGGCUGUGUCUUCUCCCAUUCUCCUAGAUGUCCAAGAGGGAUGAAAUGAUCGAUCGUCUGAAAUCAGAAACAACUUAUCUAAAGGAGCAACAGCGUGACAAAGAGCGAGAGGUAUUUUCACUUAUAUCAAUCAACACGAAACGUGGUUCGUUAUAGUAGCGAGUUUUAGCAACGACGACGGCGACGGCAAAGAGAACUUCGAAAAAGCAAGAGGUUUAGAUUAGCAAAGCAAAAAUUCUGCACGUGCAUCACGCUGUUUUGUACAUUUCUUUGCCGCCACUGCAUGACUACGACGUGAAAUUUCAUGUUUUAAGGAGGACGUAAAGAAGCGACGAUGUAUUUUUCUUUCUCUAUUUAAACUUGAGUUCGGUCCCAAAAGAACACCUCCAGGAAAAUUGGCCUACAUUUGACAUUUUCGGCGAAUUGGAAUAAAGGCGACAAAGUUCAUUUUAAAAGUGACGUUUUCGCUUCCGUCGCCGUCGUCGAUGCUAAAGCUCCCUAGUGUCCCUCCAAUACCGCGCGUUCAAUACUUUAAAUCUCACCACAUGCUUACGUCUAACCUUGUGGCUCCGCUUUCGGUUAGAGCACUGAAGAUCUUACAGUUGCGCGUGGGACUGGCCGGUCGGUGUUGCGUCCAGUUGCAUUAUGGGCAUCCUUUGGGUAACAAAUUUUGACCCAGCUUCCUUUGCAACUUCUUUACAGCCAAUGAAUCAUGCAAGUACUGGGUUAGAAACAUUAUGCUAGAAAAUUUGAACAUUAUUCUUUGGAGCGUCACCCUCAAAACCUCAGCAUUAUACCUAAAACUAGACUCGAAAAGUAGCAGAUGCUCGACUGAUCUUGGCUAUAUUUGAUGCCCUUUUCCAUGCCUGCUGACAGAAAAAUACCUCCAUAAGCCUGAAACACAAUAUCGUAUUGCAUCAAUUACAAAUUUCCAAAGAGUGAACGACGAGUAAUGCUCAAAAGCACUCGAAAUGUCUUCUCUCAAAGGAAGUCUCCAUCUUUAGGAUACUCUCUGAUCAGUUUGCAGCCUCGCAUGAUGAUGCAAAGGCACAACUAGGCCUUGAAAGUAGCAACCAAGCAGAUUUCUAGGCAUUGCAAUGCUGUGAAAACCAAAGCAAGCGAUUUCUAGAGUUCAUUCCACUUAUUCGUAUUCCGGAGUACUGUCAAUCGAACACGCCCUUAGUUGUCCCCUCAUCCCCUAUAACGACUGACGUAACAAUCAACAACUUCUGUGAAAACUGUUAGUCUUUAUUGCACGUAACCUUCUGGGUUUAAUUCUUAUUCUCCUCUUUCUAGAUAUCUCAGCAGCUGGACGUAAUAAGCCGGCUUGAGCGUGACUUGAGUGAAAGCAGUCGUGAUCUGGAAAACUUGAAUGAGAAAGCAUCUGAGGAUGUGAGUGAAAAGGAAGGCGAACCCUUCUUAAAUAACAAUACUUACUUCCAGGAUUAGAGUCUGAUUCUGCUGCCCCGGAACGCACAAAUCCCGCUUACACAUCCUUUACGAAAACAUAAACUCUUUAUAGGGGAUUACAUCCCUUAAUCGCAAAAAAUAUCAAAAGUAACAGUAUAGCCUUCUAGGAAAUUCUCUAAUUCACUUUCCUGGCCUUUUUGUUGGUUUUAUAUGCAUCUCAUACGUGAAGUAUUUAUUGUUUUAACAUAACACGUUACUUAAUUUCUUUUUAUCGCGAAAUUUCUUCUCAGUAACCGUAUUUCACAGCUCUGCAUCUCGAAAAUACGAAAAAAAGCCGUUUGUAAUCCACUACAAUUUCCUCCAUUUUUAACCAUCAGUUAUAGUUGAUAUACUUUUAUUACUGCUUUGUUUUUUCCUGUCAAACUAAUAUUUUGAAAUUUCCUCUAACUUCAAGAUAAUUUUGUACUUUAUAACUUGAAGAUUCAAAAUGUCGUCAGAGAGUUCAUUGAGACGCCCCAUCUGACUUGACGGAAGUUCUAUAUUUUUAUACAUUUUUAGUAUUUUUGUACUAAUGCUUAUCUGUGGUUUAUUAUUGAUUCACAUUUUUUGACAUCUUUUAAGUUAUUUUAGAAAAGGAUGCAGUUUUGUGCAUUCAAGACCAUAUAUCUUUCAUGCAUAGCUCUAGACCUGUUCUCAGUUCUUGGUGAUUUUUUAAACAAUUGAAAGCGACUAAUAUUGAAAUUAUAUCUCAAAAAUAAAUAUUGAUGAUCUUAUUUGAUAUAGAGGCUUUUAUGAAACUGGAAUAAUCAGUCAAAGCAACAAUAAUUUAAGACAGAUGUAUAAGUAAAUGAUUAAUAUAUCGGAUCCGAUUAAUGAUUCUAACGCCUUGAAAGAAAAAUAAAGAAAUGUAAGGUAUGUUUUAUCAAUGAUUCAAAUAAAUACGUUUUUUAGCAGAAGGUCUCCUGGUUAAUUGUUGUCUUUAGAAUGGCAACAUUUUAAGACCAUUUCUUCUGCUUUAGUUAGAAGUGAUCGCCAAGUCUUCUUUAGCUUUUGCUGAAAGAUAUGGUCUUGAAUGUUGUUAUGGUAACAUACUGCCCUUUUCGCGUAGCAAACAAACCUCUUGAACUUGUCUCUUUUGUUUUCCAAUGUAGCUCGUGUGGCAUUCUCUAGUGAUUUCUUAAAUUACGCGUACAUUAAUAAGCAGGUAAAUAAGACCAAAGUUGAACGAAACAGUUCUCUAGAGGAUCAUCACAUGACCUACAUUGGAAAACAAACAUUGACCAGCUAAAGACGUCUAUUAGCCUUUCAGAUGGUACUGUUUUUUUUUUUUUUGCUUAUUUCUUCAUUGAAUCGCGCACUGUUUUCCCAGUUAUUCCACACUGGAAGUCGGGGGAGGGGGGGAGGGGUACUGGUUGGAAAAGGGAACGCUUUUUUGCAAAAAUGUUGCGCCCCAGCGCUCAGUAACAAUUUCGCGUCUGACAGACGCCUCGCGUUGCCCUGUCUUAUAGGAAAACAAAGGCUUCUGUGGUUAGCGGACGUGAUUUAUCUCUCUUUUUUUGACAGAUUUACGUCGUGAACACUAUUUUGACAAUCGAAAACUUUUUUUUUUCUUUUUGGCGUUUAUUUCAAAGCCCUAGCUUUACCCUCAUGAACGUGAACAAAAAAAGUGAAAUGAGAUAUCUUUUAUUAUGUAAAGGUCGAAGAUAUAACAGCUUAUUCUGUUCAAAUAAGUCUCUUUGUGGACGACCACGAUCCUCAAGAGUCCAGUUUGGAUUUCCUUGAGCAGUUGGUCCCAUCGGUCCAAAGCCUGAAGACAGUAUCGUUCCCAGGAUCUCUCUUCUUCUCGUCCACAGGGACGAAAAGACAGGGAGAAUCUGGGUACUAGAUUGGCCUUAGACUAUCAUGAAGGCGUUUAAUCAAACUUUAUGUGCGCCCGACGUUGCUGUUUUUAGGUAGCAAUGAGAGAUAAGAGAAUUAAGCAGCUGGAAGAUGACUUCGCUGACACACAACAGCAGUACACCGAAUGCUAUGAUGAGGUUAGUCACGCGCAGUGUGAAAUAUCCUGCAAUCAGGCGGUCCUUCUCCCCUUUAAAUAUAAAAAAAGAGCGCCUGAUGGCAGGUUAGGUGUGACACAGCGGGAAGGUGGUCAGCGUUUAUUUAGUGUUACAAAUACAUGCGAUGUUUUGUAAGGUGCUUCCAAGCUAUAUUUGAAAAUGAACUGGUAACCUCAUUUUUGUGAUUAAACAUGAAGGAGAAUUCCCCCCGUUCUCUGACUGGUGGGUAGUGGCUUUUACUACCUCGAUGGAAAAUAUUAAAAGCAAGGAAAUCUUAGGAAGUUUCGGAAGAGUGCGAUAUUCCAGUUGAAUGUUUUAUGAAUAGACAGACUAGGAGUCACGUUUAAGCCAAACGCUUAACGUGAAGUUGUACCACGUGACCAAGUUUUCCUCUUAAUUGCCGCUUACGGUUUAUUACUUCUACUCGAAAAGCAGUUUCACGCCAGUUUUAUCCAUAAGAAUUUUUCUGGACAGUCUUAUUCUGCUUAUUUUCUAUUCUGAGAAAUUCUCAACUUGAAUCUGACGUUUGCCGUUUGCCAUAAACGUCACUCUUAAUCUUCUAAUCUUCCGUAUUCGACCAUACCUAUUUAUUUUCUUACGUUCGAGUCCAAAAGGGAUCUGUAGAACAUUCCUACAUAACAGUUAGUUUGAGAUCUAAAGUAAACGAUUGAUAUUGAUCGCAAACAGAUCCUCUAGACUAGAGCAUGUAUCUGUACAGACGUGCUUUUUUAAUCUUUCCAAAACACCGAGAGAGUUCGGCUAUUCUUGCAACCAUUUCACAUUUUGCACUUCUAUCUUGGGUGCGCGUGCGUUGGAUUCUAUGCGCGUUCUUAAUAUGACAUCACGACAUUUAAGUGACGACAUAAUUACUUGAAAAAAAAAAUAAGAAAAACAGAUAAACAAGAAAACCUGAAAGUCCGUCUGAGUAAGUGUACACAUGGCGACCGCAAUCCAGUUAGCGAGACAUCAUCAUGCUCUGGUAAAUUUACAAACUGAACUUUCUCAGUUGUUUAACUAAUCAUUUUUUAGUUAGUUUUUUUCAGAGUUCCAAAAUUGCAUUGCCUCUUUAGUGGUUCACAAAAUCAUUUUCUCGACGGUAUCUCGUUUCCUUACUUUUCUGUAGCAGAGAAAACAUUUUUGCGCCUUUAUUUUUUUUGCUUGAAAACCAAAUUUCUGCAAGAUUUGUCUGAGUUGAGAGUUGCUUUUACUUGCCUUGAAGUUUCUUUCCAAAAAAGAGACUCAUUUCUUGCGACGAGCAUGUUUUUAUUUUAGCCACUGACGUACAGGAAGAAGCCUGCGUCUUAAAACUAUGUUCCGGCAGAUUGGUAAAGUCCCUGGCUUCUUCUUUUGCGGUGGCAUGAAUUAAAGCGUAACAGUUUUACUUUAGUCCAUAUUGAAAUGUUCCAAUGACCAAAGACUCUCGGAUCACGGUUGUGAUGUAUAAUGUUUAAAAAGCGAGCGUUUGUGUGCGAGCGUUUGUUUGUUCUUGUGCAUGUAUCUACUGUUGAGCCAACCAUGAAAUAUAAUGUUAAAACCAUUUGAAGCAACGGUACUAAUUUCAGAAUUUGUUUUCUUUAGCUUGUGCGCCAAGAGGAACUCAUGGCAAAGCUUCGAGAUGAAAUAUCGUCGUUACAGGAUGAUUUGUCUAAGGCCAAUGAUCAGGUAUUAUAACAACCAAUGUAACUACCGGUAUGGUUAACAAACGGUUACUAUGGUAACCGUUGUACUACUUUAGACGGGAAAGUUAAACCCGAGACUACCGCAAAUAUCUUUGAAAAAGAGCUGAAAUCUGGUGAAAUUGCUUUGUCAAAUCUAAGAAGAGCCAAACGAUUACCUUUUCAAAAUUGUGUUAGGGGAUGUUUUGGGUUUCGGGGUUUAACAAGGGCUAAUUACAUCUUCGAACUCCGGUAGUCUGAUGCCCUCAAUUGUCAUCCAUCUCUAAAACAACACUAAGGGGUUUCCGAGGAAAAGAGAUUCAACUUUCAAUUGCAGCUAAUGCCAGCUAAUGCGAAGGUCUCACAAAUAACGUACGGGGAAAGUUCGUUAGAUAGAUGGUAAAACAACGUUUUGUUUUUAGUUGGUGGAUUCUGAAGAAACUGUUCGCAACUUGGAAAUGGAAUUGGCCAUGUCACAGGAAAAGCACAGGAUAUGUACUCAAGAGGUAAAUGCUUUAUUAACGUUCCUCCGAUCUUUCUGUUGUUUUCAUUUCUUAUAUUACUCUUCUUAUUACUAUGCGUCAGGGACGCAGGACGCAGAGGUAACAAAAUCAUUGAGCGGAUGGGCGUGUGGAACCUGACUGUUACCCUUUAAAUCAUGGCUUGUUGUUUUCUCCUCUGUUUUAACUUUUAAAAAUGAAAAUGCUGUUAGAAACGGGAGUAAUGGUAGUUGAGAGCAUUCGCCUUUCCCCAAUGUGGCCCAGGUUUGAAUUCCGUAGCGACGCCAUUCGUUUAAGUUUAUUUUUCAGUGCUUCUCGCCCUUGUUCUUGUUCCUUGCUCCGCCUUCUUGUUCCUGCUCUCCGGGUGCUCCGGCAUUCCCCUUUGCAUAAAAUUACAAUCAGUUCGAUGAAGAAUAGUAGACGAAAAAAAACAAUGUGGGGUUGUUUUGCCACAAGAUCAUUAUCUAUUUAUUUAUUUACUCGCAAAGUACAUAGCUUUAAACUUUUGCAUACGUUAUCGCAACGCAGGUCGCCAAGCGGGACGAGACAGUUCUGAGCCUGCAGUCCGAGCUGGAUGCAACUCAACAGGAGUAUGAGACGUGCAGUGCGGAGCUUUCAGAGAGAGAAACAGAAGUAGCGGAAAUGAAAACAAAAAUAGGGCAACUGGAGGCAGAAUUAAAAGGCUUAAAAGCGCAAAGAGAAAGUGAUGAAUCUAAGGUACGUUAUAUGAUAAAGUGAUUGUUUUUGUUAUAAUGUUCUCGCUGAUAAACAGUCCUUUUUCAAGAGAAGACCUCGACAUUAAAUCGUUUUAAUUAAUCAGAAGAAACACUCGCACAGAUACCCUCCCAACAAAUAUGGGCGUAAUCUUCAAGGCCGGCUCUGCGCAUGCGAUCACGCNGGAUGCAACCCAACAGGAGUAUGAGACGUGCAGUGCGGAGCUUUCAGAGAGAGAAACAGAAGUAGCGGAAAUGAAAACAAAAAUAGGGCAACUGGAGGCAGAAUUAAAAGGCUUAAAAGCGCAAAGAGAAAGUGAUGAAUCUAAGGUAAGUUAUAUGAUAAAGUGAUUGUUUUUGUUAUAAUGUUCUCGCUGAUAAACUGUCCUUUUUCAAGAGAAGACCUCGACAUUAAAUCGUUUUAAUUAAUCAGAAGAAACACUCGCACAGAUACCCUCUCAACAAAUAUGGGCGUAAUCUUCAAGGCCGGCUCUGCGCAUGCGAUCACGCCCUCCCUAUUUAUUUCCUUAUCAGUGUGGCUGAUAAUUGUUUGGCUCUAUUGGUGACCUAACAGCCUCUGAAAAACAAAACAUGAAUCUGAUCAAGCUGAAUGAGAACGUGAGAGUGCGUUUAGAGGACUGAACGCGAAUGCAGACGCUCAAUUUUUCGCACUGCCAUGGUCAUUUUUUAAAAUGAAUUUAGGUCUGCGAACAAAUACAACCUUUCCAAAACGGCUGUUUACAUGAGCCGGGCUGGCUGGCUCUGCCGAGGUGAAUUUUAUCUCGGCAAUUACUAUGAUCCCGGUAUCACGCUAUCUCGAUACCGGUCGGAAUUCUAGCUCACCGGACUGGCUGAGUUGUCAUGCAAUCACGAAGUUGAUUUUAAUUGCGUUAAAUUCACGUGCCGUGGUCUUGGUAAAGUGAUACGCUCACUGAAGUACUUACUCGCUAUGAAGGCUUUGCUGGAACUGAGGCGAUGAUACACGAUACUUUUUAGGACAAAAAAUGUUGGCACGAUGUGGAAACAACUCGAAAUAAUGUCCCACCAAUGUUGCAACGCUGUGUUGCGCGCUGAAAAUCGUCGCUACAAAUCGUUCCAUGCAAGGUCACCUUAACAUUUUCAAGGUGAAGUUUAGUUUCUGCUUUAUUGAUAUAUUUUUAUAGUGUUACGUUGGAACGUGCUUUAAUAAGCCUUUUUUGUAAAGAUACGUGUUCUAUCUUUCCCCCAAAAUUAAUAACAUCUUUUCCCGUUGGCCGCCGUUGUGGAUAGGUUCGACCGCAUAAUGUUAUUUGUUUUACAGAAUAGUGUUCUUCGUUUACAGAUGGACAGCGAUGAGAAAGAAAUAAAACAGUUAAAUACUGAUAAAGCUCGACUUAUGCACGAGGUUCAACGAUUGAUGCAAACUAUCGAACAUCUUGAAAAUACUAUGAAUGAUUCUGAGGAGGGACAUUUGUCAGAGGUAAAUUAUGCCAGUCUUACCCCCAGCGUAAAUUACUUUCCUUCUAAUUAGGGUGAACAAAUCCAAUUGUGUUAGUGAGCUCAAGCAAAGACGUUUUUAAGCGACACACGUGAACUGGAAAUGGACUUCUUGAGUUCUUGGGCAAUGCUCUCACCUAAAUGUUUGGGCAAAUGGUCUCUAUAAGAAUAGCUUCAUACCUUUUACAUUCAUAAGAAUUUUUUUUUUCCGGUCUUCAUCUGCUGACUUUCUAAUUUGAAAAAUUCUUGAAAAAUCAAGUUGACCGUUUGCAAACUCUCAAACUCUCUAUUACUCUAUUGUGUUCAUGUUGUUUGUUGUUGUUGUUGAUUUUUUUGUCUUGUUUGUCUGUUUUUGUUUUUUUGCUUCUCCAUUGUCAAGGCGUCAAAAGGUUUAUUAAUUUCCCCUCAGUGUGAAAGAUUGUUUCCUUUCAUUGUAGAUUAAACGGCUCAACACAGAGAUAGACACCCUUGGGGCUAACCUCACUGAAGUAAUGCAGAAAGAAAACGACACUGCUAACAAGGUGAGGUAUUACGGUUCUCAUCAGCGUACUGAAGGUAUACAAAUACCGUAAACUGCCGCUCAUUGAUAACCUCCUUAGUUACAGGCCUAUCUACCUGUAACCAAAAACAAAAUACUUCUGGUUGUAAGCCCCACCGGAUAUAAGCCCCUCUCCAGCUCCACUUAUACCCCCCCCCCCCCCCCACGCCUCUGAAUUCGAUUUAUUAUGACGUUUUGAAGCUUAGUUAAAAACUAGUAAAUGUAUUUUUAGUGUAAUUUCAUCGGAACUGCUAUAUCUUCUUUCAAAGCACUUUGUCUAUUCUGGUUAUUACUUAUAAUCCCCCUCGGAUAUAACCCUCUCCAUUUAUAAGUCCUCCUAAAACCCUUUACGAAGAUUUAUAAACAACGCAAGGCUUAUAAGCAGCAGUUUACGGUAUAUAUAACGGAGUGUGACAAAAGAAACAUGUGGAAAAACCUAGAGGGAGAAACACACGCCCUUCCCUCUCUUUUAUAGUGCUCACUGAAUGUCUUCCUUUUAUGUGCCAUCCACCUUCCUUUACAUUAUUUUGAGGCUUGGCUUGUACUGGCUUUCAUUUCAUGAUCAGCUACUAUAUCUGGAGUAGGCCCAGAUAGUCUCCAUCUUAUGUAUAACCUCGGAUAAGGACGAAAAACCAUAGGUCCUCUCUCACAGCACUUUCACUUAUCUGGUUCUUGAGGGACGUAAUAGAACCCACACCACUGUUCAAAAAGAGUAGGGAACGUAAAUUGGGGCCCCGCUCUGUUGUGUGUUCCGCAACAUAUGGUUGAAAUGAUAAUGAAAAAUAAUAAAUAAAUAACAGCUGCCUUAUAGGCGUUCACCUCGAGGUAUAGCCUCAUUAAUUAGGGACCUUAGAAGUAACCGAAGUCAACAGCGAGUGCACAGGAAAAUUCUUUACUGCACGUGCGUUUUAUGUUUGCGAUAAAAAUAACACCCAAUGGCGACAUUNGGAAAAACCUAGAGGGAGAAACACACGCCCUUCCCUCUCUUUUAUAGUGCUCACUGAAUGUCUUCCUUUUAUGUGCCAUCCACCUUCCUUUACAUUAUUUUGAGGCUUGGCUUGUACUGGCUUUCAUUUCAUGAUCAGCUACUGUAUCUGGAGUAAGCCCAGAUAGUCUCCAUCUUAUGUAUAACCUCGGAUAAGGACGAAAAACCAUAGGUCCUCUCUCACAGCACUUUCACUUAUCUGGUUCUUGAGGGACGUAAUAGAACCCACACCACUGUUCAAAAAGAGUAGGGAACGUAAAUUGGGGCCCCGCUCUGUUGUGUGUUCCGCAACAUAUGGUUGAAAUGAUAAUGAAAAAUAAUAAAUAAAUAACAGCUGCCUUAUAGGCGUUCACCUCGAGGUAUAGCCUCAUUAAUUAGGGACCUUAGAAGUAACCGAAGUCAACAGCGAGUGCACAGGAAAAUUCUUUACUGCACGUGCGUUUUAUGUUUGCGAUAAAAAUAACACCCAAUGGCGACAUUAAAGAUUUGCGUAGAGAGUGAACAUAGCCCUAUGUUUUCCUAUUUAGUCGGAAAUGCUUUUUCUCAGGGCCUAACGAUAUAGCUUUCAAAUAACUGAUAAUCUUGAACGGUAGUGACCCUACCGUCUUAUCCAAUGCCUUUUCUAAGCUCCGAAUUAAGCAAGCCUAGGCUCCCUGUAUAGAAUAGUUUCUUAUUUUAAGCCGAUUCAGUAGCUAUCGAGACUGCAGUAUUAUUCCCACACUCUAAACUCGGAAAGGGAAAGUUUAACUUGUGCUAGUCAGCCAUUUCAAAAGUUUUGCUAAUGACAAAGUCAAUUCAAAUUUCAGCUACUAGAAGAACGCGAGACCAAUAACAAGUUAUCCCGUGAGUUACAGCACAACCAGAAAUUGAAUGACGAAUCUCUUGAAGAGGUGGGUGAAAAUGCACGAGGAGUUUUAUAAAAUACGUCAGGGUAUUUGGUGUUUUAUCCAUUGAUGAACAAGCAUUCGUCUUGUCAGUACGGUAAUAAUAUAUAAUUAUAAAAUAUUACAAUUCUAUUAUUUACAUAUUUUUGUUCAAUCCUGAAAAUACUUCGCGCGCUGUGAUUGGUCGAUGUCCAUGCUCUGCUAGAGAACUCACAAUUUGUGGUAAAAACAUCAGUGACACACUCGCCUGCGGCACGUGUGCCACUUUUUUGUUCUUACCACAUUUUGACGUCAUCUGUGCAUGAUCUGUUUUUGAACAGAAGCGGCAACAUGGAAUCUGAUUGUUUAAGAUAUACCAAGCAAACAUUACAUGGGUUUUAAUAUCUCGUAUCUUCCUUCUAUGGAUGGGUGCCCAUUGUUAAACCGAACAAUCCUUAUUUUCCACACGGCACAUUAGUAAACCUUUUCAACCUGGCCCUUAUGUAAAAUAAGGUGGAUUUUUUAGUUAAUCUCUUGAGCAUGUAAUUAUUUACCUUGACGCCCUCGUUGCCUAACUUAUUUCAUGUUACAGAUCGAGCGUUUAGAACAGAAAAUCAGACGUCAAGAAAAGGAUUUAGCAGAAACAAGCAAUCAAGUAAGUCGAAGGGGAGAACAUUUUUCAAACACUGUUUUCAAAAACAGUGCGAAAAUAAGUUGAUUCUUUGAUUUCAGGGUUUAAUUUUUCAAAAUUUGUUACGUUUAUAUUUUAGGCCUCGAGUUUAAAGGAAAAGCUUAAAGAAAUCGAGUCACAGAGCCAUCAGCUACAGAAAAACAUUAACUAUUAUAAAAGUCAAUUCAAUCAAAGCGUUACCCAGGUAAUAAAGAAAUAUUAUUUUUGUUCUUUUCUAGUCUCUGUAUACUACUGGUAACAAUUCAGUUUCCUUUUCCGGCUUUACCUGACGAAGACGUCUUUUUCUCUUUUGAUUUUAGGUCAAUCGAUGUGAAUCCACGAUCAAAAAUCUGGAAAGAAGUCUUAAAGAUGCUCAAGAACAGGUAAACUGUCGCACCGCGCGAUUUUAAGUUUAAGAAUUUGGUUGGCAAAAUUUAAACUCGAGUUUCUUAAAGGUGUUCUGGAGUUUACAUGUACAGGGGAAGUUGAGACGUGAGGGCUUCGUGUAGGCAAUUAUGCUGAUCGAGGAGGGUGAUAUCCGCCGAACCCGAAGGCUGAGCUGUUGUGCCCUCUGCAAUCCCUCCUUCUGAACUUAUCCGUAAAAGUGACUCAGUUUUAAAGAAAACUGGUUUCCCAACCUAAUGAUCUUCUUUUGAAUAAAGAAGAUGAGGCAUUGAAAAUCGAAACAUGCUGUUGGGAUUCUCUUCUCAGUCUCUUGUUCAGUAAGGUUGGCUUCUAGGAAUAUUAUGUUAAGUAGCGGAGCUAGUAGAAUGUUGCCUAUUUCUAUUCUCCACCAAUGAGAUUUAUCGUGACCGUUUUAAGGUUGUGAAACGAGAGGAUGAAAUUAACCAACAGGCUCAAGAACUGGUUGAGUUGAGGAAAAAUUACGCAAGUGAAUCAGAAAAGGUGAGAGUUGUGACCUUUCUUUCUUUCUUUGUUCUUUUUUUUCGAAAGCGAUGAAAUUGUUAAAACUUUUAAAAGGCCCCGCCAACACGUAAUCCAUGAGUUUUAAAAAGUGACCCAAUCUUUUGGCAUGUUGGCCUUUCGUCAACGAAUCGGACGUUUACCGAAAACAUACUGACUAUUUGAAAACGAUCUUCAGAGGGGAAAUUUCUGAAAACUCCAUUGAUCAAACAUUGAGAGGAAAAAAACCAUAAUCGUUAUUAAAAAAUACCCGUUUUUAAACAGAAACGUCAUUACUUGUGGAUGGGCGAAACGAUUCGAAAAAGAUUAGUGUGCUCGCGAAUUUUCUUGAAAACAGAAAAAAUAUACAUGCUUUUUCAAACAACACGGAUACGUGUGGAUGUGGCCUCGCACGGCACCUGUUGUGAACUGUAUUUCUCUGCGAAGCAACGGGACUUCAAUGGCAACGGAAGCUACAAAGAACUCUUACGACAAAAUCCUGCACGAAUUUCCACCCUUAGAUGUAUGACAAUGAUUUCUCUUUUUAGGUGGCCUAUCUUAAUGACGUUGUCAGGCCAAUGCGCAAGGAGAAAAAUCAUGUUGGUCUCCUGCUUGAAGUAUUAAAACCUUUUCAUUAUUAAUGACACGUGGAAAUAAAUUGUUCAAACGCAGCGCUUUUAACUUGACAUUCUUGUUGAGCUUCCCACUUUCGUUUGUCAAUAGAACGCAUUCAAGCCAUUGUGUGUCAAUAAUUUAUAUUCAUUAUUUACGCUUAUUUCGACGAGAUUGUCUGUUUUAUCACCUGUUGCUAGCGUGUGGAUUUAAUAAAACAUUUACACUUGUAGCUCUGAUUUUAUGUAUUUUUUUUUUACAAAAAAAAUCAUCAAAAACGAAGAAACUGAUUAUUUUUCAAUCGUGUGGGAGGUCUAAGUCCUGCCCGGAUUUCUACAAGGGUCCCAAACCUAAACUGAAACUAAAAAGGUAACAAAUAUUAAGUUUGAACAUUAUCGGAUUUAAAAUUAUGUGCGUUUUGAAUUUUUGUGUAAAAGCCAUCUAAGCGUUUUACGGCUUGUACUGCCAGCAUAUGUGACCGUUUUUUUGGAGCAAGUCCGUUUAAAUCUCUCAAAGUUGUUUUGGGUGUUUGAACGGUUUCUUGUCUGUUACAGUGCUGAACAUUGUCACUUUGCUUUAGAAUCAGAAACAAAGUAACGCUAUGGAAGAACUUGAUAGAGAACUACGUCUGGCACAAGAUGCUUGUCAAAGAUUGAAAAGCCAGGUAAUAUAAGUUUGAUUUUGUCUUCUGUAUUUUAGUUCUCGCGUCUAUAAUCUGGACCGUAAACCUCGAUCUAAGUCGCUUUUGAGUAGAAAUCUUACCAAGUAGACUAAUUCUUGGAGUCAGAUUACAUGCAUUCGUUGUUGAUCUCAUUUUUCCGGUCCUUGUAAGAUCUGUAUGGAAAACUCUCCUCUACGAAUUUUUAUAGGCAUUACUUUUUACUUUGAAUUUAUUUCCUCCUACUGCCUCCUCUUUUGGCGAAAUGAAAGCCUUCUUAUCUUCUUUGUUCAGUUUCGGUUGAAUUCACGCCGCAGAUGGAAAGCUUUGAGAAUAGCUACACAACCAGCUGUUUUGCUUAUUCAAAAUCAUGUUUGUCCAAUAUUUCUGUGAAGGUUUUGUUGCAGCAAUACACAACCUAAUUGGUGGUUUUUAAUUGCAGGUCUCGCAAACACUUCUGUGAUAAGUGUCAAAUUUUGUUUUCGAAAGCCUAUUCGUCUUUCUCCAUCCAACUUGAGGUGCGGCAAAAUAUCGCUAUUUACUCGAAAUGAAAUUUGAUUUCAUGUGUAAGUUUAAUUUCGCUUGAAAUGGGUGCUAAAACAGCGUUAUCCACAAAAAUGUAACCAGUGCCCUUUUUAUUAAGCUAUGCUCCUGAUUAAGAAUAUAAUUGUAAUAAAUAAAUAUAACUAUUAAGUAAUAAAGGAGUUUAUCUUUUAAAUUGACAUAUUCAUAUCUACUAUUAAGCGAAAUCGAGAUUUGUUUAGUUGGCAAGGACUUAGCGUGUGAACGCAGACCUAUUUAUGGUCGUCAAUUCUCGCCGCAGACAAGCAAGGGCAAAGCCUAUAGUCUACUAUGAUUACCGAUAGAAAUCAAGAUUGAGCCUUCUAAUUGUUUUUUUUUUCUGUGUCGGAUUUAAGUUCACUGAUUUAAGUUUCACCAAGUAUUUAGUUAUUAGUUUACACCAGACUUUAGCUAUCUAUGAACUGAUAGAUUUUAGCUAGUACAUCAGCCAAUCAAAAUGCGGGGUUUACCAUAGAAGGUGAGGAGAAUUUUACUAAUCAUUACUACAUUUAUAGGGAACUGCACAAGAUGAUCGUGUUCGACACCUUCAAGAAGAUUUGAAUGCAUCGAGAGAAAAAUACGAAAAAUCGCUUGGGGAGGUACGGUUUGUCAGUAAAGGAAGUAGAAAGUUUGUUCCACUUGGAGAAAUCAUGAAAGUAUUCGAUGUGGUGAUUUGUCUCUUUCGCCAUCGUUCUUUGGGUCGUCACGCAACGUUCUUUCCGUUGAGCGUUGCGUGACGACACAAAAUAGGUCGAGUAGGAGACUAAGAAGUAGUGUGACACCUCUUUAUUGCGGUUACAUAUGUUAGGUCCAAACGAAAGGAAAAGAGUGAGCAAAAUGGGCAAAAAGAGUGAAUUAUAGGGAAUUCGAAAAUAGUCAAUAUUGUUUAGAAGUGAUAAGUGAUACUGCAUUAUGUAAACUUCAUAAGGGUUCCAAGGGUUUUUAAACCUAUUGGAUCAGUAAAACACUUCUGAACCACUUCUUUAGGUUCGCCAUUGCAUUUUAUGUGAUUGUUAAAUGCAGCUGUAAAGAAGACUACUUGUUUAUCAAUCACAUGUUAGUCUUAGCUAAGUAACAUAUUUAUGAAUGUCGUAACAAAUGUACUUAUCCUUCCUUUACAGUUUUUUUAAAUAAAGUCGGUUAUGUUCAUCAGUUAGAAAAGAAACUUAUGAAUUCAAAUAACAAAAAUGCCGGUCAGGAAAGUAAAUGGGAAAAGUUUCAGCUAUUCUGCCGUGGUAGUGAGAAUUAGAAUGCAAAAAAGAACUUAUAUCCUAUUUGAUAGUAGUAAUUGUACCUAAACAGUCUUUGUGUCAGCCAUUAUUUAUGUAUAGUAGGAAGUGUAUUUUGUGUACUUGUAGUAGUAUUUUAUCGGUAGAGUGGUUUUCGUUUGAGUGUCGUAAAACCAAAACCAAAGUAAUUACUCUGGCCAAUCACAUAGGACACAGACAAUACAUUGAACCAAUCAGAACUCGAAGUAAUUACAUGUGGCUGACGCAAAGCGCGGGAAAAUGCAUGCGAGCGCGUCACAAUUGGCUUUGGUCUUACUUCUGAUUGGAUGAAAAGGUGGCGCGAAUCUUUUAAGCCAAUCGCAUCGUGUAGAAAGUGNAUCACAUAGGACACAGACAAUACAUUGAACCAAUCAAAACUCGAAGUAAUUACAUGUGGCUGACGCAAAGCGCGGGAAAAUGCAUGCGAGCGCGUCACAAUUGGCUUUGGUCUUACUUCUGAUUGGAUGAAAAGGUGGCGCGAAUCUUUUAAGCCAAUCGCAUCGUGUAGAAAGUGCAAAACCAAUUACUUUUCGACACUCAAAUGAAAACCGCUCUAUAGAUGUAGUAGUGCUUGUGCAAAAAAUAAAGGAAAAAUUAACAAAAUUAACGCCUUAAAUAAUAACUUUAAUUUGUGUCAACAAUCGCUGUUUACAUGUAUUAUUUGCUUCAUUUGCUACAUCUUCCUUACUUGAAAUUGCUAGAUUUCAGAAAAAGAAGAGAAAAUAAGAAGUCUUCAAAAUGCGAUUCUUGCUGAGAAGGAACAACACGCUCAAAGGGUACAGCAG